CUCCGGAGGAGAGGCGGCGAGGGAAAGAGACUGGCUGGCUGCUGCUUUGCGAGAGAAGCCUGCCGACUGGCGACUCCGCCUGCUUCUUUCCAGGCCAGGAGGCACGAAGAAGGAGGAGGGGGAUUCCUGCAGGAGGGGGCGGGGGCGGUCAAGCAGAGAGCCUCCCCCCUGCAAACUCCCCGGCAGGCAGGCAGGCUUCAGCCCCCGCUCCUGCUGCCAGUAGCUGCCUCCCCCGCUGUCAUGAGCAUCCAUAAAGGAGGAUCCCGCUUGCAGCGGCAGCAGCAGCCUGGCGAAUAGGGCGCGCGCGCGCGCAGGGCGCACGGAGUGGCAAAGGCGGAGGAGACGAGGCAGAGGCUGCGGGCUGGCGGAGGAACAGGAGAGAUUCAGAUUGCAAGCAAGCCGGGACGCUUCGUCGGCUUCGGGAAAGCCCUGCGGGGGCCGAGGGCACGCGCCUCGCUUUGCUGGGCGCAGAGGUGGGGAGGGAAGAAUCUCCACCUCCCUCUCUCUCCAAAGGGGAAUUACGCUCGCCACGUUUCUGGCGCGGCCGAAGGGAAGACUGGACUAGACGGCAAUCCACCUGUCUGCCUCUCACCGCCUCCCACUUCAGGAGGGCGUCAGGACGCGAAGCCACCGGAGGCGCCUCUGGUCACUCCCCCUGCAGGGAGAGUCAAGCAGGACCCCGCGCACCCCGCCCCCUAAAGCCUUUCCACGCUCGGUAAGGUUGGCCAGAGCAGUGCCCCCGCUCCCCACCCCCACCAACGCCGGACACGCUUCCCUUCUCCAAAGAGGCAGCUCCCUGCCACCUUUUUGGCCAGAUCUUCGCCCGCCUCCAACAUCUGGCAUAGCCAUGACUCUCUGAUCGCACGUCUCUCCACCCCCGCCGCAGGCACGCAGAGUGCGCCGCCCCUGAUCCCCAAUUUUGGCCUAAGCUGAAAAGGGCACAUUGGAUCACCCCUCGUCCUGGGGCCCAGCUGAGCCCCUGGGUGCCCCUACUGCCGUCGGCGGGAUGAAGCCUUUGGAGAAAUUUCUGAAGAAGCAGGGGUCUCACCUGGCUGCCCGGGCUGGCCCCGGGGCUGGUGGGCAGCUGCCUCGCAGGCAAAGCGUCUCCAAGAUCCUGCUGCCCGGAUUCCUCAAGGAGCCCCCCGAGGAGCCCCCCGAAGGAGGCACGGACACUGCUGGCGAUGGGCGAUGGCUGGAGCUGCGGCCCCCCGAUUCCUCUCUGCGCUCCCCAACGUCCUUCUCCUCCGAGGAGCUGUCCCCAGGCGGUGGCGGAGGAGGCGAAACCCAGCUCAGCCCUGAGUCUGUACCCACCUGCUGCUGGGCACCGCUGGCAGAACCCGAGAGCCCCGAUCGACUGCUGGGAAGACUUCUGGAGAGGCUGGGAGGCGACCCGACAGCCCCCCAUGGGCAUGGCUGCGGUGCAGGUAGGGGACGAGGCUGGGAGACCCUGGAACGAGAGUGGGAGGUGCCAAGCCAAGGAAAGGAAAAUUCACAGCUCUAAUAUCAGGGGCUGAUAGUGCCAUAGGGAAAGGCAGCAGCAGUAGCUGACAUUUUUGCAGAGAAUACAGGUCGAUGUAGGGACUGGCAAGGGUAGGAUCAGAUGGACAUGCCUUUACUUGGGCCCUGGAAGUCGGAACCAAUUUAUCUGGCCUGCAUAGCUCAGUUGCUUAGAGCAUGGUGCUGAUAACACCAAGGUUGUAGGUUCGAUCCCUGUAUGGGACUGCUGCAUAUUCCUGCAUUGCAGGGGGUUGGACUAGAUGAUCCUCAGGGUCCCUUCCAACUCUAAAAUUCUAUGAUAUUGUGAAUCAGUCCCAGAACAUGUGGCAUAAUACUGAAGUGUGUCUCUGAGCAUGUGCAAAGUGCCCUUUCCUCAGUAACUGAAUCCUGUCUCCCUCCUGCUUCUCCAGAAUCCAAACUAAGCACCAGGCUUCCAGGUGCGAUUUCCAAGCAAGCAUGUUACCCUGUGUUUGAGAGGGUCUGCAGGGCCUCAUUUUCAGGGAACAGAAUCAGGUAGCAGGAUAUGAUCUCGGAAUGAUCAGACUCUCUCACCUUUCCAUCAUAAUCAGCUGGUAUCUUCUCUGUUUGGGAUCUUUGAUCUGGAUAAAUAGGCCCAGCAUGGAGGAAGAAUUUUUAUGGGGGGGUGGGGCAGUGAAGGAGCGGAGAGGGCAGUAACAAAGUUGGGGGGGGGCUUCCCUCUCCUUCAGCCUGGUGAUUGCACCUGUUUAAGGGAUGAUGGCAAACAUAGGAAGAGCAGACAGACUGCUGAGUGCACUCUCUGCUGGCAGGAAUGCUGCAGAUGGAACAUUUGCGUUGGGGCAGGGGUGGAGAGCCUGUGGCCCUCAACAUGUUGCUGGACCGCAACUCCCAUCAUCCCUGACCAUGGACUGUGCCAGCUGGGGCUGAUGGGAGGAGGAGUUCAACAUUCCCUAAAGGGCUCCAGGCCCCAAAUCCCUGGUGUAAGGGGUAGGUACUUGUGAUUGGGGUUAUGAUGUUGAAGGGUUGCCUGCUCCUGGGGUUGCCUAGAGGAGUUCAGUGGAGACUAUGUGGCAAGAUCAAACUUUGGGUUGCUUAAAGGUGAAAGUGGAUGCAAAAGAGCUUCUGCCACAAGGUAAAGUUUCCAGUGAAAGCUAUAACAACAACAACAACAACUUUAUUUAUACCCUGUCCAUCUGGCUGGGUUUCCCCAGCCACUUUGGGCGGCUCACAGCUAGUUGUAUGGUAGGGUUUUGGGGAAGAAGGACUGGGGUCAAAGAUAAAAGACAUCUAGGAAUGGGUAAAGAAGGUGGGUGGCUUCUCCAGAGCUUAGUACUGGAGCUAGUGGAGUUUUAAGAGGGUGAGCUCUCAGCUAGAAAGUGCCAGGUCUGUUCGAUCCUGGAAUCAUUGACUCGCAUCAAGCAACUCUUAGCUUCAGCCCCCACGUCUAUGGAAAUAGGGACAAUAAUCUUUGGUAUGUAGGGUUUUGAACCCUUUGGCAAAAAGUGCUAUAUAACUGCUAAAUAUUUUGUAAUGAUUAAUUUCUCUGUAAUUAGGUUUUUGUUUUUAUUAAGUACAAAAUGUAUUACAGUACAGCGAUUAUUCUCACAUCUGUCCUGCCUCGUGAGAGAGGUUGACUUUUACUGCACACUUGUAAAUAACUGCUUGACAAGUCACCUGUGGUGAGUAAGAAACACUUCCAAGUGACCAGAAAGGAAAGUGUUUGUAGAGAUGAGAGAGAGAAGCCUCCCCCCCUUCAGACCACUGAAUGACUAAUAAUAGAACUAAUUUGAAAUGUGGACUUGUAAUCUUUGUGAUCUGAGUUGCAAGGCUGUUUUAUCCUUGUUUUGCACAUGAAGAAACAAGGUUGAGAGAAGGAGUCAAUUUCUGAGCAGGCAUUUGAACUCAGGCUUGUUCACACUUGCAUGUACAUCCCCACUGGCAGCUGAACGUGUGAACUGGCUCCAUUGCAAAGCAUUGUGUUUGAGGUGAUGCAAAGUAAUAUCCAAGUUCUUUCCAUUGCAUUAAAUCCAUGAUGGUUCAUCCACACAUGGACUGUAGUCGGUGCUGGAUGUUGCAGCCCUCAGGUGAUGAAUAUUGGAGAGAUAGAUUUGAAGCGGCAUUGGGACAUUGGCACAGUUUGCACGUAAUGCUAAGGCAAACCAUGGCUAAUUGUGAACAAGCAAGCGUGUGGGUACUCAGAGAAAAAUCAUGGCCACUUUGCUUCUUCCUCAGCCUUAUUUCUGCUGCACUAUGCAGAGCUAAGCCGUGGUUUGGUUUAGCAUUAAGUCUGAACAUGGGUUCAUGGUUUGUCUUCCCAGACUGGUGGAACGCUGUGCUAAACCAUGGCUUAAGUCUAGGUAGCGUGGCAGCAGUCGGAUUGAAGGAGGAGUAAAGCCGCCACAUUUUUUACUUUGGGCGCCUGUACAUUUGUUUGUUCACGUCAAGCCAUAGCCAGAUACACACCACAAAUUUUUGAUGAGAAUGCAUUAAAAAAGAAAUAGCUAUCUGUGUGUGUAGGGCUUAUCUUCAGUGUUUGGAAAAUCAAACCUAGAAUUAUAUUCACUGAUGUGAAACUCUGGUGAUGAAAAUUAAAGAGAAAUAGUUUUUUUUAAAAAAAAAUUAUGUGUUCUGCGCAAAGCUCUUUAUAUAUAUAUAUAUAUAUAUAUAUAUAUAUAUAUAUAUAUAUAAAAGGUCUGUACAUGAGCCAUGCAUUAAAAUGCUACCAUCUUUCUUAGUUGUCUGUAAGGUAACAAAAAGUUAAGUAUUGUCAGUGCAUAUGUGUGUGUUGUGUAACAAUUUUGACAUUUAGCUGCAGAGUAGGCAUUCUUGGUAUCCAGCCACUAUUUGUGUUUGCUACUUGUGGUCCCUUUGCCCCAAAGUCUCUGGCACAUGCACAGGACUUGGGAGAUGGGAGGCCUCAAUCUCCCACUUCAUGCUUUUAGCAUACUUAGCUUAAAGGCCCUUAGAAGUGUCUCCAAGGCAGUAGGAAAUAAGGACUGCCUUUGGUAAACAGAAGUAGUUGGACUAUAGCACACUACACCAGCUCCCUAAUGAAAGUAUCCUCCAGGAUACUGGGAACAAUUCUCCUUUUUUUGUUGAGGAGAGCCGGACUUUCUACUCACUGUUUUUUAAAAAUUAGGAGUGUAUUAAUUUUAGCAGUGAGAUAAUUUUCCUGGCUGGAUUUUUCCAUGCCUAGUUACUUAAGCUCAGAACAGUUGUUGCAGGCAAGAAAAGAAUAAAUAUACAAAUUCUUUCUGGGAAUGUGCAAAGUGCUUUUGGGUUGUGUGAUUGACUAUACAUCUGAGACUAGAAGGAAGAGCUUCCAGGUCAGAAGGCACAAAAUUUCCAGGCAAAGGUGGAAAUGUAAAAAGGUAAAAGUAUACAGUGGUACCUUGGUUCUCAAACUUAAUCCGUUCCGGAAGUCCGUUCCAAAACGAAAGCAUUCCAAAACCAAAGUGCACUUUCCCAUAGAAAGUAAUGCAAAAUGAAUUAAUUUGUUCCAGACUUUGAAAAGCAACCCCACUAAAACAGCAAUUUAACAUGAAUUUUACUACCAUGAAUUUUACUACCAUUGAGCCAUAAAAUGCAAGCAAUAAUCAAUGUAUUGUGCUAUAAAAUAAAUAAGACAGCAUUGUAGAUGAUUUUUUUUAAAAAAAAUCUUACCUGCACUGAUGAUAGUCAUUGUUUGGAUGGGGGCUUUUAUCCAUUUCUGCAGUCACACAAUCAAUCAAUCAGUCAAUCAAUCUGUAGCUGAACUGGGUUCCACACAGUCACAAAAACAAAUUAACCAAAAAAGCCUCAAAAACAAAAAUGCAAAAUAAAUAACAAAAACAAAAGAGCCAAACGUAAUCCAUUCUGAAAGUCGUUUGACUUCCAAAAUGUUCGAAAACCAAAGCGCAGCUUCUGAUUGGUGCAGGCGCCCCAGAAACAAUAGCCGACAGCCGCAUCAGAUGUUCAGCUUUCAAAAACCGGUACACUUGCUUCCGUGUGUUCGACGUUUGAGAACCAAGGUGUUUGAGUACCAAGGUGUUUGAGAACCAAGGUACCACUGUAUUGGGAAAUGAUCUAAAAUGAAUUGGGGAAAAAUGCUUAAAAUUACUUCCCCCCGCCCCGAGUCAUUUUUAUUGCUAGGUGUCAGAAAAGGUUAUUUAUGUAUGCAGCCACUGCGGCCUGUAUUUUGUUAGCCCCCAAAUUGAAAGUGAGCCAUGUCCCAACUAAAGAGGACUGGCAACUUAAGUUGACAGAAUCUGCAGGACUUGCAGAUUUAACACAUAGAAUAAGAGAGCAAGAAGAACAUAUAUUUAAAGAAGAGUGGAAAACAUUUAUUGAAUAUAUGGAAAAUUACUGUAUACAGCUGAAAACGCUGGCCGCAUUAAGAUAAAUUCAAUGGCGUAAAUAAUAUUCAAUUGAUGUAAAAGUGGAAAACUGAUUUGAAUGGUUAUAGUAAAAUGUGCAGGAAUGUAUGACAUGUAAAAUGAAGCAUGGAAGGAUAAGAAGGGAAGUCAUUUGAUAUUUUAAAGUUUGUAAAAUAUUUAUUUUGAAAGGUACAAUUGAAAACUUAAUAAAAAAUAUUAUAUAUAAAAAACAAAAUUUCCAGACAAGCUUGAGAUCUCCUAGAGAUUGGCCUCUGGGUAGUGAAUAUUUCAAAUCUUAAGCAGAAAUUUGCAGUCAGCUGCGGUUUAAAGGGACCAACGGGGCAGAGGAAAUCAAAGUUGCCUGGAGUGGGUGGCUACAUGCAUACUUCCUUCAGUUACUAUUUGGGCACAAUAAAAGAUCAGGUGGGCACAAACUGUAUCAAGCCAGAUGACUUGGAGUGGACUUUGGUUUCAAGUCUUGUGUCGUAUGUAACACAGAUAUCAUAGGCCCCAAGUCCCUGAACCUCUCUGUUAAUCUUUAACACCACUCCAAUGCUAAGGUUAGCUAGUAUGAGAAGGAAAAGGCAGAAACGGCCUAUGCUCUGUCUGGGAAAGGAUGCUCAUUAAACAGAGGCCCCUUUCAGGUGUUCAUUUUCUACCUGUUGGUGGAUUAUUAUUUCUUAGGUUGCAGCAGCGCUUGGUUUAUGUCCCUUCCCAGUGCUCAUCGGAGAGCUUUGGAAGAUGUAUAUUAUUUCUUUCUUGAGUUAUGUGGUAUUUAAAGCAGAGGACUGCAGGAAUCUUGAUGGUACAAAGGUUAAAACAAGAAGGACACACUCAGGAAGUGAAAGCGAGAGCUGUAUUGUGUACUUCAGACUCCUCCUACAUAUGGAAUAAUUGCUGCUGCAGACUUUGAUCGUAUUGCAUUAUCUUCUGGGUGGAGUUAGGCACAUCAGGUGGAGUGGAACGAUAUUGAAAUAGUUUCCUGUUCCCAACUUGUAUCAGAGAUGUGGGCCAUUUCAGGAGAGCUUUUACAUGGGGAGUUUCCUUGUGAGGUUACUAGAAAGAGGUUGAAUGUGAGAGCAGGGAGCACCACUACAUCCUACCCAACCACCUACAAAAAUCCAAGCUGCUGCUUUCUGCUCCGACUAUAUAGACCAGCUUUCUUUCUAGCCCUGUGCCAAAAAAGAAAAAGAAAAAAAGAAGGAACACUGUUCUCAGCUCAUAUACUCUUUACUUUCUGGUGGCCACCAGUCAUCAAAAGUCUAUUAAAGAUGCGUUGCUUCAUGGCACAUUGAUGCUAGCUAAGCAAAAGCUACCUCAGUUUAAGGACAGGAGUGCUGUGGCGGAUUUGUACUGCAAACACACCCAGCCACCACACAGUUCCACAGUACCCAGUGACUCAGCUGAAUGUGUGAAAAGCUUCCCUCGAAAAGUAUUUCGUUUCAGUUUGUCUUGAAUGCUAUGAAAAUUCUCUCUCUGGCCGUUAAUCCGUGCUGGCUCCUUCACACAUGUCUGUCUUGAUGCUGCCAUUGACAAAUUCAAAAUGUGUAUGUCUGUGCAAUAUACACAAGAGAAAUGCUUAGCAGGUGACAAUGACCUUCCCCCUUUCUGGCCUUCUUUUGCUUAUUCUCACUCCUUUCUGCCGCUUGCCUCGUUCCUCUUCCACCCAGACCUGGGAUUGUCCUGUGAGCUAAAACCUCUACUCUGGCUUCCAACACCAGUAAUGGUGCUUUUUAUUGCUCAGGUUGAUCCAGCAACUGCCCUGAGCUGUAGACGCAGCUCGGCCUUAGACGCUGCUCUCUCCUGGGUCGUUCGCAGCCCCAGCCUGACCUUGACAUGGCACAUUCACAGCUUGAGAGUGGGCAGGCAGCAUUGGUUUUUAAAGCAGUGUCAGUUCCCCUCAAAUUCAAACAGCAGCCCCUAAGCUAGCAAUAAGUGUGUGUGUGUGUGUGUGUGUGUGUGUGUGUGUGUGUGUUUUGCUGGCUACAUUCCACCUCCUGUCUUGGUGGAGACAGGUAGAAAUUAAAGAAGACUGAAGCUUGAGGGCUGAGAGGACUCUUUGGUUUACUGUGAAUAUAUCCACCUCCUUUCAAAACUAACACAUGGAUGCCCCUCGAGUGUGUGUGUAUGUAAAGCCAGGGAUUAGAGUUCCACAAAAAGAGGCAGAAUUAUUUGAAGAUGUCUCUCUGAGCAUUCAAGGGAUAGAGCUUGUUUUUAAAACAUUUGCUCAGCCACAAUGAGAGCUAGAAACUUGCUUUUAAAAAUAGCAAUAAUUACAACAAAAUCUGAGAUUCUGCAAUACUGUGUGAUGGAAAGGAGGGUGGGAAGAUAGCUUUUUUUUGCCUUAUGGGGAAGCUGUUAAUUAACUAGAGCAUUGAUCUUCACGACAGAAUCCUGUGGAAAACAGCGCAAACCCUCCACCCUAGCCCAGGGCUCUCAAAUUGUGGUAAUUGUGGGUAUAAAAAGCAACUUUAUACAUUGACUCAGACCAGUGGGUUGUCUAGCCCUGCAGUGGAACUGCUGGUAGCCUAUCCGAAACCCAGUUUUGCAAGCCAAUGGGCAGAAUUUCUUUCCCAGUCCUAACCAGGGCCCUUUAACUAGAACUGCUGGGAGAUGAAAAUAGACUUCCAGUAAAGCAAACUUGGCUUCCAUGAAUAGCUGGAUGAAAGGAAUUGAGGUUUCCAUGCUCAGUUUUAAAGACCUGCAAGGCAGAGUACAAAAUGCAUAAAUUCACCCUAAAAUGGUAGACUCCUAAGGACAGGAGUCUGUACUGUUUGAUAUUCCUGCAAAUCAGCAAGUUCUGACCAAAAACGUUCAGCACAUGUUCAGAGAAAAAAUGGCGUGGUGAACAAGGGAGAAAUGGAUACACCUGGCAGCAGUGAUUAUAAUUGCAAUUGGGGGGGGAGCCGAAUUUCUCUGAGCCUGUGCAGAGUUCUUUUCCAGUCUUUGCUGGCUAACCACAGUCUGCUCCUCCUAUGCAUUUUGGAUUAGGAGGAAGUGGGGGCUUCCAGGUCAUGGUGGGUGGCUUUCAGAGAGGAUUGUGCCCUAGAAGGGCUCCUUUCAGAAGCCUAAUUGCAUCCUUCCCCCCCCCCGCCACCACAGAGAUUCUCCCCUUUCUUCCCUUCCUCCCCCACCCAUUGCUGUGGGCACCCCUUCUCCUCCUCUGGCAGAGGCUGUGGAGUGCAACCCAGAACUCUUGGCUCCAAGAUCUCUUGUUGUUAAUUUAUUAGACUCCAGUCGUCCUUGCUCCCGGCUUCCCACUCCAACCACUGGAGACACAACCUCCUUUUAUGUUGUUCCCCCUUAGGAUAUAAUUAUAUGCCCUUUCUCUCUCCCUCUCAAAAAGAAAGGCAAGGCCUGUAGGCUUCUGAGGGCUGGCUGAAAUGUUUGCACAGGCCUGCCGCGCCUGGGAAAAGAAAAAAAAAACACGAGGCUUGCUUUUUCCUUCCUUUAUUGUUGCGCAUCCUUGCUAAUUGCAGGACCACCCCAGCCGCAGAGCAUGGCUCCCCAUUGUGCCAAGGAUUUCCUUAAUCCUCUCCUCACUGCACUGCCUCCGCCGCUGCCGUCACUUGUCCAAGAUUCCCUCCCCGCAAAGCAGCCCAGAAUCGCUUUGAUCUGAGCUUGACAUCCAGGCCUGUGCCUCUCUGCUGGAGCCAGGAGGAUUUCCCAUGCCUCACCGCUUCUUUCCCUCCCGGUGGCUCACAACACACAUCACCGGUGAAAGAAGAGUGGCAGCUUCACCCAUCUGAGCCAGAGAAGGCAAGCGACAAUCUUUUUGCUGGAUCAGGCCAGGGAUGCAUCUGGUCCAACUGCACCCUGGUCAGCUAAUGUCCUUGGGAUGCUCAGAAGCAGGGCAUGAUGGAGAUAGUUGAUUCGCUGCCCUCCCCAUGGUCUAAUAGGAGACAAUGGGCCUUGGGGCAUCCAUUCCUCACCACUUUCCAUCUAAGACUGCCGUGGCUUCCUGCCCUCUCUUGCUGUCUUCCUUUCCCUCUGUGGCAUAAGCAUCCAUUUCUCAUUUCCCAAACUCUUCCCUCUCUGCCUCUUGCAUGCACCUCUUCCUUCAUCAGCAUCAGAAACCACAUAGCCAUGCCUGUUAAGCCUGCCCAAGUGACUUGGCCCUAAAAAUCUAGAUUAGUUUGCCUGUCCAAACAUGCCUGUCUGUCUGUGGACAAAAGCCCAGCUUUGGUGAAGUUUCUGGAGGCAAUUCUCAGUUGUUAGGGGCCGCCCGGCAGGAUGACUGUUAACAUGCCUGCCAUAUUCCCCUUCCAGCUCUCCUACGAACUCAUCAUCCACCUCCUCUCUUUGCCCCCUUUCCCCCCAGUCUGUCUGUUCAUUAUACCCAGGAUAGCCUUUCCAUUCACUGAGCUGUUUCCUUCUCUUCCUUUGGAGGUCUUUCCUUGAGAUCCUUUUCUCCAGCAGAAGCUUUGCUGAACCACUUUAUCCGCAUCUUACCUACACAGUCACUUGACUCUCCCUGAUCUCAUGCUUGCUGCUUAUUUGACCGUCUGUGACUGCUCCUCUCCCUACCCUGCAAUCAGACUCGCAUAUAGGCUGUGCACACAUUAAUGGUUUAAACUGCAGUGAGGUCGUUUCUUCCCCCGUUGCUUUUCAAGUCACAUUUGCAUGUUGCUGUACACACCAGAGAGGGGGCAGGGAAUGUCUUCACCCCAUGUGCGUUAUUUGUUUGGUUUCCCCACGCCUGCAACCUCCACCCCUGCGCUCUUAUUCAUGAAGGGGUCACCCGGGCAUGAACUGUCAUCUGCACACAAGCAGUGACUGUCUCAGAUGUACACACCUCAGUUUAACAGCAAAGCGAACGUGGCUUGCAUUUUCAAAUCAGGUGGAAGCUGGUUUGAGGGGGAAAUGCACCAAGCGGCAGUAUUUCUCAAGAAACUACAUGAUAGGUAUGGAUUGUGGCUAAUGUCAUGUGUACAUUCAAGCACCAGCAGUGGGAGCGCAGUGGAGUAUAAGAGUAAACUGUAACGUGCACACAGCCAUAGAUUGCAAGCCCUCUGGCACUUUGUUGGGGCUAUGCAACUAUUCAGGAGUAACAAAAAAGGGGUGUGCGCAUGUGAUUGCUCUCUGACUGUUAUCCAGUCUAUGGAUGGGGGAGAAAUUAAUUCAGUUUGCAUUUUAAUGCAAAAUUACCCAAUUCACAGCUCUCAAACCAAUGCACAAACUGAAAUUUGCACCUCCCUGAAUUUUGUGAUGCAGUUCUCCAACCAUCGCCAACACCCCCCCCUCCAGCAAAAUGUAUUAAAAAAAACCAAGGAUGUAUUAGGGGAAAAUGUGCACCAAAAUGUUAAUGAAAAAAUGUGCAAAAUGCAGAAAGGUGUAUAUUAGUUGAAGUACAUACAGAAAUGCAUACAAAUUUUCAUGCAGACUUUAAAAAAAAAAUGUUUGCAACCCGAGGCAGAAAUGGGCCAAGCUGAAUUUAAAACUGGGAAAAUGCAGAAAUGCAAGAGAAACUGAAACUGACAGGUUCACCUAUCCCUAAUCCAGCCACUGCUGUCUGUCUUCAUCUUUUCCUACUCCUUCUUGGACCCUGCCUAAUGCUCAGCAUUCGUCUCUAGGCUUCUGUGCCCUGGAGGCAGCUGGCAGCAUGCUGUUCCUUGCAGUGAAGGGGGUGACUCUGUGACACUUAUUCUUGCCUGCUAAUCCCUCCCCUGUAGAGCAGUCUCGAGAGCCUGUUGGCUUGCUCUCCAAUCUCUGAGCAGUUUCUCUGCCAGAGUUGGCUGGCCAUUUCGGUGUCCUUUUGCUUAUUAAUCACACUGGGCUGGCAUUGCUGAGCUAAGAAAGCCAAUAUCCAGGGCUGUCGCCCCUUUCUGUGAUUUGCUGUCAGGCUUGCUGUUGCACUUGGCGAAUCACUGUCCCAACCUCACGUCGCUCCUCCUGCUUCAUCUGACUGGCCAUCCUUCUUGCCUGGGAUUUUACACAUAAACCAUCCCAGACCGUCAGAUUCUGCUGACCUGGAACCCUGAAUUCUGUCACGGGGAUAAAUAAUUCCGAAAUGCGGUAAAACAUGGGGAAACUGCUGGAUUGCACUGCUUUGUACAACCCAUGUGACACAGUAGCUAAGAGACUGAGCUGUAAGUUAGGAAUACAGUGGUACCUCGGAUUAAGAACUUAAUUCGUUCUGGAGGUCUGUUACUAACCUGAAACUGUUCUUAACCUGAAGCGCCACUGUGCCGCCGGCGUGCGUUUUCUGUUCUCAUCCUGAAGUAAAGUUCUUAACCUGAGGUAAUAUUUCUGGGUUAGCGGAGUGCAACUUGAAGCAUCUGUAACCUGAAGCGUAUGUAACCCGAGGUACCACUGUACCUUCCUUCUCUUGGCGGAUCACUUCCUCAGGUUCAUCCCAUCCAUCUGCUCCCUAAGGAUAAUAAUACUGGCCUGCUCUACAGGGCUGACCACUUUAAAGCACUUUUUAAAAUGCUAAGUGUUAUUAACAGUACUCCUUUGUCAUAUUGUGCUCAUUUGCACAGACCGUUCCAGCAACAGGGUGUAUGGUGGUAUCUCUUGUUUUGCUCUGGUGGUUAAAAUGUAAAGCUCCCAGCUGUGUCACAGGCUGAAGCCCAAAGGACCUCUGGACUUAGUCGCCAGUGGGGCCUGAUCUAUAAAACAUUUGGGCUGCAGAUUGCAGGAGCAUUUACACUAACAUUCCCAGAAUUAUUUUGGGUGGGUGGUGGGAAUUGUGCUUGAAUGUAUUUAGCUAGAGUCACCCAGUGAACCCCAAGACUAAAUGGGGAUUUGAAAUUGGUUGUCUCCUCUUCUCAUCCAGUAUUUAACAACCAUACCACAUUGGUUCUCGUGUUCAGAGCCCAGAUUCCUCUGACGAACAUAUACUGGAGGCAAACACAGACAAUGGCUGUCUCCCACCAUGCUGUCAUGCUUGUGAAGGUCCUCAGAUGAUCUGGGUAUGCAUUGAUUGCUAGACUUAGAUGGCUCUUUCAGUCUGAUUUACGGAAUCGGAUCAAAUCACAUGUCCUUGGGCGCAAUAUGAAAAUAAAAUGAAGACGCUGGGCGAACCUUUCGGGCGAUAAUUUCCUCCAUCAUUUCACAGAUGGAAAUCAGGACAAGUCUGCUUGCGUCAUUCCUGACUCUCACACCGUGGCUCACUGUGUGAGUCUGCAGUCCUCAUGCCUCACACUCCCCCUCACCUUACUUGCUUUGUUAAUUUACAAUAGCCUGUCCUGUGCUGGUUUUAACGCAAAAAGGAAAGGGUCUCUUCUGGUUAAAGAUAUAUUAGCAAAGCAAAAACAAUAUGCAGGCUAUCAAAUGUAUUUAAAUAAAUGUGCAGAGUGGGCCUGCAGGAGUGAGAAUGUUACACCCCUCCCCCCGUUCACACCAUUUUGGUCUCCCUCCAGUUCAUGGAAGGCGAAUGUUAUGAGUUUGUGGGUGCCAGACUCCCCUAAAUUUCUGGGUCCAAUAGUUGAUAGAAUUUAAUCAAGACUUGGGGGGUUGAACUGGAUGCCAGACUCCUAAUUCCUGGACCCAGCUUCUUGUGUUCAGGAGAUCAUCUGGGAGAUGGGCCAUUAAGACAACCAAGGAAAGGUAAUGUGCCAUUAAGAAAGCAAAGGCUCUGGGCCAAGUGGGUGGAGCCCCUCCAUCAUUUCAGAGUGAGUUAGGAAAAGAAAGCCAGGGUUGAGAGUUGGCUGUUAUGUGACCUAGGAGACUAAAGGUUGCAGGCUGGAAAAGGCUGCGGGCAGAGCAUGGUCAUAGAAUUUAAAAAGCAUAGAAUUUGAUGUCUGCUUGAAUCCAAGGCUGCAACUGUGGGAGAAACAAGACCCAUUUGAGGUGCUGAUGCUGUAAAUCCCUCCAUCGUAGGUUCAGGUUGUAUACAUGUGCAAAUAAACUAUAUAUCCUAAAUACACCACAGUCUCUGCUGUGCCUCAUUUCCAAGUGGAAACACAAACCCUGGGUAAGUGCCUGGAACCUUGCACCUGGAAUCUAGCACCACUCGGAGACAGCAGCCUUUUGAAGCAGGAAGCCUUCCGUAUCGGCCAAGGCUCCUCACAUGUUUUGGAACCUUGAUUUUUCAGAAUUCCUGAAUGCAUGGGGAGCUUUCAGGAGUGCAGAAUGCUCCACACUUCAGAAGGUCACCUUCCACGGCUCCUUCCAGAUGGCAAUAAUGUGGUAACAUUGGGGAAGCCUCACAGAACAACCAAUUAACCAAAGGAUGUGUGGUGGAAUACACCCUAAAAACCAACCCCAGUCUGGAGGGCCCUAAAAUCUUGUGAGGCCAAAAACAGCACAGGGGAGGUGCCAGUUUUAUGGCUGCUCAGACCACCCUUUUGGAAAACCUCGACCUGCUUCCUGGUGCUGCCCUGUUGUUGCAUCAGGUAAGAUUCCCUGUUUAAGAUCUCCUCCUGUAGUAUAAAACCCUUUCAUUCUUUCCAUUAUUCUGCAUGCAAAUACCGUAUUGGCCUGAAUAUAAGCCACACUCCCCCCCCCCCAAUUCCGACCGUGAAAAGUUAAAGUGUGGCUUAUAUUCACGACCUUACAAAAAUUAUCCAGUAUGCAGCCAGGAGCGUGGGGCAAGGAGUGCCAGGCACGUGACAAAGUGGUGCUUGCCACGCGCGUAGUCCCCUGUCCUCUCCCCCAAGGCCGAGAAGGGAGAAAGCAAGGAAGGGAGCAGCUUAUAUUUGGUUAUUGUCUUUUCCCCCCUCUCCCCUCCCCCCACGACUUUUAAAUGUGCAGCUUAUAUUCGGGUGUGGCUUAUAUUCGGGCCAAUACGGUAGUGGGAAAGUGACAACUGGUAACCGCUAGAAAGAUCCCAUCUGGGUAUGUUCAUAAAGGGGAAAGUGCAUGUCCAUCUGAGAGCACUGGCUGCCUCUUUCCAAAAGCAUAUUCCUAACGUUAGGUCAAUUAUUCCCAAACACUGUGCUGCAAGAUAACAGUUACUGUAUCAUGAAAAAAGCAAGAAAAAUGAAAGGUUUGAUGUGUGUGUGUGUGUGUCUCACCCUCACCCACACCUGCUGCUGUAUCACUGCAUGAUUUGCUGCUCUGGUCUCAAUUAUUUCCAACCAACCUCUGCUGUAAGUUGCUCAUAUUCUGCCCCAUCUCUGCAUCAUGUAUGGGGCCGGCUGUGCUGUUGGCCAGAUUGAGGCAACUUGUUUUGAGUGUCAUGAAAGGACAGCAUUGUACUAUACCAAUAAUAAUGUCUUAUUAUUUUAUUUUUACUGCCAAUGAGAGCAAGAGGUCCUUGUGGACUUUUCUGCCUCAGUUUCCAAAAUAACUUGGCUGGCCUUCAGUAUUAUGUACCCUAACAUGGAGGUGGGGACACAAACAGCAUUUGCUCCCCCCUCCCCACCCUCAAACAGCAAGAUUAUUGGGCCUAUCAGGUAUGGUCAGAUCAUUCAACCAACUCACACCGAAGACUUUUCUAAGGGCUGCUUAUUCUUACUACUUUUUCACCACCUGAAAGUAAGCUCAUGAGGGUACAGUAGAGAAGGGUGCCUCCAAUUAUAAUUCAGAAAUGAAUUAAGCAUUGGUUUUCAGUUUGGGAGAUGAUACACUUGGCUAUCUGCGAGUCUGACUUCUUCCUUCCCAGCAACUAGUAAGAAUGAGCAAAUGUGACAAUAUCGGUUUCUCCUAGUUUCUAAUUUUUUCAAGUCAAGUUCAGUUCUCCUCGUUUCCACAUCACUAUGCAAUAUUUUUUUAAGUCCUCGUGAAAUUUCAUUAGCAGUGUGAAUUUCUCCUGACAUACUAAUUUUUGUAUGCAAUUUGGCCUUACAUGCAUGUUUUUGCAAAGCAGUUUUCCCAAAUGCAAUCCAUUUCUCUAUGCUUAUUUUCACUAAUGCGUGCAUCGUUGUGUGCGCGUUACCUUUCUGCAGAAACGCCCUGCAAAAUUUGGAGAAGCAAGAUUUUCAAAGAACCGCUGUGUUUUGGUUUGUGUAUAGUUUUGGAAAGAGCAAGCCGGGUGGAUUCGCCUUUAAACGCAAAAACUGAAUCAAAUUCCUCUCCCAGCAACAAGUCAGUUUGGCUGCUACAUUGGUGCUUAGCUGGAGCUGACUAGGCUGAAGUGGGCAUCAGCGAUGGGGCAUUCCCUUCUCUGUUGCUAAUCUGCACCCUGGCCAGUUUGGCCUGGAUUCUUGCCUCGCUCAGGCUUUUAUCAUCCUUUCUGGGAUACUGUCUGGUGCAGUGGAGGCAGGGAUCUCUUUCCCAGCGUCACUCUCCAUGGACUGCUUCUCCCUUUCCAAUUAAUUAAGGCUUAGCUCAGUAGCAGGCAGUGAGCCAGCUUGGCAAGCCCACUGGAUUGCAGAGUUUGUGAUCAGCUCUGCUGAAUGAAUGGUGUUUAGCCGUGGCCAGCGCUUGCCUGAGACCUUCUGCCCUUCCUGGGAAAGAUGCUGGACCCCUUUCCACACUGGUGAGCUAAACUGAAAACACCUUUUAGUGGUGUGAUGACUAUGUCCUCAGCCAAAAGGCCCUUGUGUGCACUGUAGCAGUGGGGUGUCGGUUCACAAUAUCUCCUUUUUAUUAAACUGCGGUAACUAUGCAUUGCCCCCACCCCAUGAAGAAUCUCUAUCCUUAUGAUCACUUACAGAAUCAACUCUUUAGAAGAUGUCCUCAAGCUCUCUUGGCAGGAGUUAAUUAGCAGCAGCAUGGGUGACAUAAUUGCCAUAAUUCGUUUUUGUAGUGUUUCUCAGCCAACUGAAAGUGUUAUUUAAAAUAUUCUAUUUCUUAACGUUUGUGUGUGUGUGUGUGUGUGUGUGUGUGUGCAUGUAACCUCUGACAACCUCUGCUGCAGAAGGAAUAUUAAUAGCAGAAAUCUAAAUUAUUAAGAAUACCUUUUAUUAUCUCCUGAGUUGCACACCAGCUGAUUGCCGCACACACAGUAUAAACACAUAUCAAUGGCCAGUUCAGAAAGCAAUUAUCUUGUGGCCAGGUGGACAUAGACUUCUGUGUGCGCUGACAAUGUGCAUAGCUGCAGCGCUUGCUAAAUCUUCCCUGAGCUAACUGCGUGCUGCAUUUGAUGCGCCCAAUAUUGGGUGUGUGUGUGCGCGCGCAACAUCAUGCACAUUGCGUGUGUGCAUGAUGACUGUUGCAUCGGCCGACCAGGCCUCCUCCCUCUGUAACAUUCACAUGCCAGGCUGUGCUGGUUGGCCUGGGACAACAUCCCACCAGGCUCCUCUGCCCCCUUCAAGAUUGGGGUAGGUGGGUUAGCCCCAUCCCAGUGGACAUGGGGGAGUUGUAGAGGCCUCAGCUCCAUCGAGUUGGUAUGCCUGCUUCUAAAUACCAGUUGCUGGAAAUCACAGAAGGGCAGAGUACUCUCCUGCUCGAUUCCUGCUUGUGGACAUCCCAUAGCCAUCUGGUUGGCCACUGUGACAACAGGAUGCUGAACUAGGUGGGCCACUGGCCUGAUCCAGCAGGCCCUUCUUAGGUUCUCAUGAGUUUUCCCCACUGGAAAUGCACACCCGCUAGAACAGUAUAAUAUUUUUCACUAGUAGAAAAUUAAGGAGCUGCUACUUAUUGAAGAAGGGACGCAGGUGGCGCUGUGGGUUAAACCACAGAGCCUAGGGCUUGCCAAUCAGAAGGUCGGCAGUUCGAACCCCCGUAACGAGGUGAGCUCCCGUUGCUCGGUUCCUGCUCCUGCCAACCUAGCAAUUUGAAAGCACGAAGUGCAAGUAGAUAAAUAGGUACCACUCCGGCGGGAAGGUAAAUGGCGUUUCCGUGCGCUGCUCUGGUUUGCCAGAAGCGGCUUAGUCAUGCUGGCCACGUGACCCGGAAGCUGUACGCCGGCUCCCUCGGCCAAUAAAGCGAGAUGAGCGCCGCAAAUCCAGAGUCGUCCGCAACUGGACCUAAUGGUCAGGGGUCCCUUUACCUUUACCUUUACUUGUUGAAGAGGAGCUGUUAGUGAAAUUCUGGAUGUCUGGACAUUUUGAAGAGCCCCAAACGGGGCCAAAAGGUGAGUCAACUCUGUAGAUAGAUAGACCACAGUAUGGCGGGGAAGAAGGCUAGCACCCUGUUUUGUGACUUAAGGUGGAUUCAGGCAGAAUUUUGUUUUGUUUUUCUGAAGUUUCCUUACCUGAUGAUGUCUAGAAAUCUAGCGGAAUCUAGUGGAGGUUUAGCACUAUUUCUUUGUUAAUCACUUCCAGAAAAAAACAAAAACAAAAUCCAUGUCAAACCCUGUUAGCCUGGAAAAUCCGUAGGGAUUUUCCGCUAUGAUUUUCCCACCAUUUACAUGGAUCACAAAAUUUGGACGAUAAAAUUUGGGGCGGUAUCCUGGUGUACAGUUCUUUCCUGACAUGGGUGAAUCCUGGGGGAACAGAAGCACUCAUGUGCAUGAAGGGUGGUGAAAUGCCCAGUGACUCCUGCUGCUAUGUCAUGCCCAGUUUGAGUGAAAUUUAGUGUGACGUGGCAGUAGAUAGAUAUAUAAAAAGGCACAGUUCCAUAAUGCAACCGGUACCGCAGUGUAAAUGCAGCGUUAGAAACUGUGACAGAUUAGAACCAGGCAUGCUAGCACAAUAACCUCCUAGUCUGAAUACAUCCUUACUUAGCACAGUGAUUAAUCCAGCCCACCCUGAGGCAUUCUGCUCCUGAUAUAGAAGCUUGUGUACGUUUUAACGGUUUAUUUAGGGGGUGUCAGCCUCGGAUUAGAACCCUGUCGCUAGCAAAGGCACAGCACAAAGGUGGCUAAUUAACUUCCUCUUCUUCUUCCUCUCCCUCUCCCUCUCUCCUAGUCAGACAGUUUUGAUUGUCUGGGAGCCUAGCUCUGAAGAUCCCGCUGUCUUUUGAUGUCUGGCUGAUGCAAGGGAUUAACAUGCUGGCCUCCUUUCUCUGUCUCUUCCCUGCCCCCAAUAUACUGAAGUGAAUCCAAUAGGAUUUUCUUGCUCAUGAGGGCUAUGCUAAAUUUGCCAGGAAGCAAUAAGUUCACACUACUCCCUUUCCUGUCGUGUGUGUGUGUGUGUGUGUGGUGCUGUGCAAAGGAGGUAGAGAUACGGACAAAUUAAAACACAUGAUUUAGCCCAAGCAGUAGCCAUAAUCAGGUGGUGUUGUCGGGAGAAAGAUGCACAAGAGCAAACAUCCCAGGUGUCUCUGACUGGAACCUCUUCUUUCUAUUUAUGUAAUUUCUUUAAGCAACCCAUAGUUUAAUGGUAGGGAAUAUGUUUUGCGUAUAACUUGACACCGCAUGUACACACACACACAAAAUCUCCAGUAGGAGAGCUGAGAAACAACUUGGAGGACAACACAGAAGGGAUAGAAAGGUUAUACACUGGUGUCUAUUCCUCUUCCUUCUCUUCCCUGGGAAUAUAUAGGGCAGUGGUGGGGAAACAUUUUCAGCUUGAGGCCCGCAUUCCCUCAUGGGUAUCCCUCCACAUGUGGCCUUGGCCAGAGACAAAAAAUGGGUGGAGCAACAGAUGCAACUCUUGCCUGUGUAUUCCAGCAGCCAGGCACAAGCCAGAGGUGUCUGCACACCUCCACCAGUCUCUCCAUCCAGACAAGCAAGAGAUAAUAUCAUAGUGUGAAGUCACAUUCCAGCCAGGCAGAAGCACUUAAGGGUGCAAAGCUGUGCCGGUGAGGAUGUGUGUCCUGAGGAUCGGAUAGAGAGGCUUAGAGGCUGCAUUUGGUCCCUGGGCCUGAGGUUCUCCACCCCUGGUGUAGAGAAACAAAAGCAUACCCUCCAACAUUUCUCCAAUGAAAACCAGGACGUCUUAUUCCACCGUCAUCAUAAUUUUAUUACUUAUACCCCGCUCAUCUGAUUGGGUUGCCCCAGCCACUCUGGGCGGCUUCCAACAUAUAUAAAAACAUAAUAAAACAUAAAUCAUUACAAAAAUGUUCCCUAUACAGGGCUACCUUCAGAUGUCUUCUAAACGUUGUACAGUGGUACCUCAGAUACGCUUCAGGUUACAUACGCUUCAGAGUACAGACUCCGCUAACCCUGAAAGAGUGCUUCAGGUUAAGAACUUUGCUUCAGGAUGAGAACAGAAAUUGUGCUCUGGCGACGCAGCAGCAGCAGCAGGCCCCAUUAGCUAAAGUGGUGCUUCAGGUUAAGAACAGUUUCAGGUUAAGAACGGACCUCCGGAAUGAAUUAAGUACUUAACCCGAGGUACCACUGUAUAGUCACUUAUCUCCUUGGCUUGUCCAUCGCAUAACACCAUACCCUUCAACAUUUCUCUGAUGAAAAUAGGGACGUCCUAAGGAAAAGAGGGACAUUCCGGGAUCAAAUCACAAACAAGGAUGGCUUCUAUAAAUCCGGGACUGUCCCUGGAAAAUAGGUACACUUUGGGGCGGGGGGUCUGCAAAAGGUGUGAUGUGACCUAAACCUCAUCUAGGCUUUAGGAACUUUGUUCUCCGAGGUAACAUUCUCUCCAGCAUCUGAUAAAACUAUGUUUUCAGUUUUUAAACCUAAAAAGGACCUCAUUUGAAUGUCUGUUACCUCCUACACUCCAUCUUCAGUCUCUUACUAGAUGCAAACAUGGAUGGUUUGAACACAAGCCAAAAAAACCCUACCUUCUCACUUUCAGCUUUUAUCAUGCAUCUAGCUGGAUGAAGAAUUCUGGAGAGCUCACAAGCUUGCAUAUGAUUUUCUAACGUUUUGGUUGGCCAUUAUACGGACAGUGAGAGAAGACUCAGGACGGUUUCUGAUAGAGGGGAGAGAAACAGACUGAGGAAAACAUGAGGAAUCAGACUCUUUUCAGGCUCAACGGCUAGAUGCUUUGGUUCUGAUUAGCAUCUUGCUGAUACAUUAGCCAAGCUGUAAGAUAAUAGCUUUCAAAAUUAGUGGAGCAAAUGUUCUGGGAAGAAGCUGAACAAUUGUUAAGAGAACUCUGCUGCUUAAUUAAUCUUUCCCCCUCAGGCAUUUUAGGGAAGAGGCAGCUUAGGAGGCCUUAUUACUUUUCUGUUUUACAACAAAAAUCAGUUGGUUACAGGUGGAGGUGAGGGGUAGUUAUUAUAUACCAUAUUUUUUGCCCUAUAGGACGCACUUUUUCCCCUCCAAAAAUGAAGGGGAAAUGUGUGUGCGUCCUAUGGGGCGAAUGCAGGCUUUCGCUGAAGCCUGGAGAGCGAGAGGGGUCGGUGCGCACCGACCCCUCUCCCUCUCCAGGCUUAUUUCCCCCCCCAAAAAACUAGGUGCGCCUUAUGGGACGGUGCGUCCUAUAGGGUGAAAAAUACGGUAGGUGGAGGCGCUUUGAUUUUUAGUCUCCUUGUGGGAGGGAUAUGUAGACUUAAUAUUAACAGAAGAAUUUUAGGAAUGGAUGGUUAGGGAGGUCUUCUGGUCUUUGGCGGAUUGAUUUGCAGACUUGUUCCUUGUCAAAGGUCCCUGGUUCACUUAUUCCCUGGCAUCUCUGGGUAGGGUUGGGAGAGACCCCUGUCAGAAACCCUGGGAAGCCACUGCAAGGCAGUGUGGACAUUACUAAUCUUCAUCAACACCUGGAGCCAAAAGGUUCCCCACACCUGCCCUAAAAGUUGCGCUCUUUGAUACCCUCACGUGAAAUACACAGGAGCUGAUUCUGGUUCAUUCCAUGCUGCCUUACAUAGACACAAUAUUGCCACAUGUUCAGAGACAACCCGUUCCAGGUGUGAGAUGGGACAUUAGGAAUAGUUUCCGGGUCUGGGUCACACCACAGCGCACCACUUUUCUGACGGCGUGAAGAAAGAGCUAACAGGAAAGUGGGAAGAGAUUCCAUUUCCCUCCUCCGUAUUUGAGAUGAAGGUUUUGCAACGCUGCCUUACCCUGAAAGCCUUCUCUGUCCCCAGUGCUGGGAUACAGGAGGCGGGUCCUUUGUAACCAGUUGGAUUGGGCCUUGUUAUAAACUCCUUGUGACCAUGCUUAUCUGCCUACGUGCCCUAUCCCGUUACAUCACUGAAAAGGAAGGGUGGACCGAAUUCUUUGUCAGUGCUGUCGCCUUGCACUCUCAGGGCGGGACAGCAGUAUAAUCCCUCUCUUUUCUUCAUUCCUUGUCUUUUCUCAGACCUGCUGCUAGACGACAUCGUCCUCACCCACUCGCUGUUCCUGCCCACAGAGCAGUUCCUGCACCAGCUGCACCAGCAAUAUCCUUUCUGUGUGAUGUUUUGGAACGUCCCAUAAUGGUUGAAGGGUUGGGGGAAGAAGUGGGGGUGGAGGAGGAAUGCAUGCCAUUCUGACACAUUUUCCUGCAGGAGAAACUCUGUUCGGGUCACCUCAUAUUUCUCGUUCUUGUUGCCUAGAACCCUGUGGCUUCUGCAGUUCCACAGGUUUUAUUUAUUAGUUUUCUUAUUUAAGAAAGGUUCAUACCUCGCAUUUCACUGUGUGUCUCAAAGCAGCUUGCAGAAGAAGAAACAAAAUGUGCAAAAUGUACAGCACAGAUUUUUACAUCAAAAAAAUAGAAAACAGAGCAAUGUUAUAUAGCGCAAAGGCCUUCUGAAAUGAAACCAUCUGCAAUGUAACAGUGAUGGUGCCUGCCAGUUUUCUAAUGGGAGGGAGUGGGCAGAAUGUGCUAAUGCAGAAAUUUGGCUUUGGAGAACAAAUUUAACCUCUUGAGAGUGUGAAUUCUUAUUGUUGUUGUGCAAAAUCACCCUUUCGGUUCCAAGCAGCACGUUAUAGCAAGGCGUGUGGGGGAACCGCUGAUCCACGUGUUUUCCAGUGUGUUCUUGGUAAUAUGUAGUAGAAAGAAAAUAUAUGAUGUCACAGCAUCUCUUCACUUCCUGCUUCACUUUAUUGGCCGCUGCUUGAAGGAAGCAAGGAAAUACUAGCAUAAUGACAUCACAUGGGGAGAUGUGCGCUGAUGAUGCCCACCAGUCCCCAUUCACCUGCACUUUGGGUCUUACCCUAAGCAGUCUUAACAGUAUUGCUAUGAGGAUAACAUUAGAUGAUACAGUCCUAGUUUAUUUUCCCAUGUAUGUGUCCUUGAACUUUUUGGAGUUUUGGUGGUCAUGGUGAUGGGAACCAUACACCUAAUAAUAACCUUAUGAAGAAAUCUGCUCAAUCCCACAUCAUUUGCCAGGCAGAUUAAAUCUCAGCCUCUAGUGUGUUGCAUUUUGGGGUCUGCCGAUCAAUCUUCCGCAUGUUUACUCAGAACUAAGUUCCUCUUCCUUAGGGUGUAUAGGAUUGCAGCCUUAAUCUCUCUCCUUUAGCCUCAUCUGUCAACUUCUCUUGUCACACAGGGCUCUCGAGAGAAUAAGAUAACAUUACACAGGUCUGAAAAAAUAAACAACCUGGGUGGACUUUGUUAAUUUCAGCCAACAGGUAGCAAUUAAGCUGCUCCUCCCUGUUAACAGCUCCCACCACCAUCACAAAUUCUGGUAUUGAUAGACUGAAGGGGGUGUGGAUGUGCGGAAUGUGACCUUCUCUGGUUCUGUGAGUUUCUGGUGAUGACAUACACACAAACAUAUAACACUGCAUUAAAAAAUCAGCCCUGGUUUUUUGCAUUUCCUUAGGAGCGAAUUGUACAUGACAUUUUGUCUACUCUUAUCAGCCAUCUCAGUUACCCCUAUUUGUUUGUUUCCCAUCUCAUCUCUGCAACCACAAAAUCUCGAAACUUGCUUUCUUUUCCCCCCUCGUGGAGACAGUUGAACUUAAAUAAACUGGGAUUUUCAGGCUACGUAGCUUGCAGGGACAGCCAUUGUUGCUUUCAUUUGCAUUUCUCUCUCUUUCUUCCAAAGAGCUUGGAUAGUUUACAUGGCGCUAGUUCCCAUUUUUGUCUUUCCUCACGACAACCCUCUGAGGUAGGUUAGGCUAAUGGAAAGUGACUGGGCCCAGGCUCAGGUGGUGAGCUGGAUGUCUUGGGUGGGGAUCUGAACGCAGGUCUCCUGGUUCACGUUUGAAAUGUGAACCACCACACCACUGACAUAAAUCGAGAUUCUCCAUAUUCUGAAUUCUGCACCAAAAGAUACCAAAGUCCACAGCCUCCUGGAUGGCUGAGGGAUAUGCAAACUCUAUCCAUUAAUGGAGAAUGGGGUUGUUGGCCCGUUAGUGAUCUUUGCAGUUUCUGUGAUCUGUACUUGCCAUCUUGCUAUCUGGACCCAGAAUCAACCCACCCCAUUCCAAACCUCAUCACUUCGGCUGUUCUCCUUUCUUCCAACCACUCCCUUCUGUGGCCGCAGCCCCGAUAUUUUCCCUUGACUUCCAUGUGGUCACCUUCAUGACAGCGUCGACAAUCCCAUCACCGCCAUGUUGGAAGGAAGGCGAAGCCAUGCACCGAAAGCGAGCAGUUUUGGUUAUUUUGCUUCACUUCCUCGAGACGUACAAGGGGAUCUUGCAGGAGGAGGAGAAAGCAGGCAAAGUUAUCAAGGUACACCAUGACACCCCUAACCCUACUCUCAUUACAACGAGAAACUUUUUAAGAAAAGAAGAAUAGCAACGGAUUGCAAAGUAUUAGUCCAGCCACAGUCCCCCGCCCCAAUGUCCUUUUGCCUUACUUGGUGGCAAAUAGCCAUAGAUCCAGGGGGCCCAAAAUAGAAGGUACCCCUUCCUUUUAUAUCAGAGCAUGAUGGAUCAGGCCACUUUCUCUUUUCUCCUAGGACCUGUAUCUGCUCAUUAUGAAGGACUCCUCCCUCUAUCACAAAUUGGAAGAUGAAAUUUUGAAGCUUCAUCAGCUUGUGGAGACAGUUGAACUCAAGUAAGGGGAGAGGGGGAUUGGGAUAUGGAAUGCAGAAUUUCUCCUGCAUGGGGAAACCUCUCAGGCUGCUUUUCCUAAGUGCAUUAUGUUGCCGGUACUGCAGUCACAAGAACGGGUUUCAUAUAACCUCUUCCACAUCUUGGCAAAACAAUUGUUGUGCACAAACUUUGCCGCUUUCCACAGUUGCCAUGUUCCUCUGUCACCGCAUCUUCCUGGGCAGACCACUGUUUUUCAUUUGUGCAUUUUCUGGGCAAAGUUUCAACAAGAUAGCUCAGGUUAAAUAAGCCCCAGGACUCCAGGAAUUCAAACUUCUGUGUCAGUAGUUGUUCUCCUCAUGCAAUCACAAUCCCUCUCCAUAUGGAGGAGCUACAUGCAUACAGUGGCACCCAAGUAGAACGUUUGAACAUGGUGUUUGGUGGUGUGCAGGGCCAGAUCCCUCCUGUGCAGUCCUGCGACACACACACACACCUACACACUUUCUUUCUUUGCUUAGAGGGGAUGAGAUGAACUUCCCCAAAGGUUGCAAACUAAGAGGUCAUCUCCUUGGAACUAGAAAUCAAGGAGGACCGUGCUCUUAACCACUAUGCUAUACCUAGUUCUGAAUAGUGGAAGCUUUCAUAAAGCUGAGGUCACCGCAAUCCUUGUUACUUUGCAACCCAAACAACUUACUUAUACCUUACAUGGUACUGAUGUAUAUAAGAACAUAGAAAGCUUAGGGUUUUUCCAUAUUUACCUUUCGCCCUGUGCUUUCCAGGUCCAGGAGACAACUCUUGGGGUAAAUGUUUAGACUCUUCUAAUAGUGGCCAGCUGUCUAAUGGUGGGUUGUUACAAGCAGCGGCCUACUCUCACAACAAUCUCCCUGGCCAAACUGCCUCUGAAAUCCCUAAAUCAUGAUUGGGGAACCUGUGGCCCUUCAGAUGUUGUGGGACUCCCAACUCCUAUCAGCCUUAGCCAGCAUGGCCCAGUGGUUGGGGAUGAUGGGAGUCAAGCCACAUCUGCAGGACCCCUGGCUCCCUGCCUCUGCCCUGAAUGCUCCUUAGAAACUCCUUAACUCCUCACAGAAUGGCACGGAUGCCCUGCUCCUCUGAAAAUUUCCCACAUUGUGGCCCAUGUUGCUUGCCCCUUUUCUAGCUUCUAAAUCUUGCCUUCUUGGCCGCAGGGUGACUGAAGAAAGCCAUCCCCCCAGCAAGCAAGUCAAACCCCUUUUCAGGCAUUUCCGGCGCAUAGAUUCCUGCCUCCAGACACGGGUCGCUUUCCGUGGCUCAGAUGAAAGUGAGUAUUAAAGGAGAUGAGGGCGUUGGUGACGGUCGUGUUGGGGUUCCCGCUUGGAUUGUCUUUAAAAGGGCUGAUGAGUGCAGCUGCAGACAUGGUUCUGCAAUUCCACCCAUAAAUCCUCCUCAUCAAAUUACAACCAUAGAAAGCUUUGGCAGCACACAAAUAAUAGAACAAAAUCACUUCAAAAGCUUGAGUGAAAAGGUAAACCUUUACCUGGUGCUUAAAGCACCAGGCGGACCUCACUGGGGAGAGCCUUCCACAGACUAGGAGCCGCAGCUGGGAAUGCUCCCUCUGACAUCACCCUCCAAGUGUCCCUCAGAGGAGGGGGCUGGAGAAGAGCCUCUGGGAAGCCCCUCAAAGUUAUGAGGAUGAGUCGACAGAGGGGAUUGAAUCCCACAGCGACAGUAGGCCGAAUCCCCUCCUUAUUGCAGGAUGAUUGUUAUUUUUAGUUUUUCCCAACCUAAGUGUAUUUGUUCACCAUGGCUGUCCUUUGCUGGCUAUGGAUUCCAACCUCCAGCCUCUCGGCUCUGUUUCUUUCUAGUCUUCUGCCGUGUUUACAUGCCAGACCACUCAUAUGUCACCAUCCGCAGCCGCCUCUCGGCCUCUGUGCAGGACAUCCUCGCCUCGGUGACUGAGAAGCUCCAGUACUCGGAUGAGCAGCCCACCCGGGAGGAGGCUCUCAUCCUGGUGGCAGUAGCGUCCUCAGGAGGUAACUCCCGAGAGCUGGGGUGGGGGACAAGGCAAGAAUGGCAGAGUGACAAUUCCCAGAGGGUUUUAACAACCAGUCCCUCUUCCCAGGGAACUCUGGGAAUUGUAGCUCUGGGAAGGGAAUACGGGUCUCCUUACAACCCUCCGCAUUCUUAACAACCUAUAGCUUCCCAAAUUUUUUAGGAGGAGCUAUGGUUGUUUAAAACGGUAUCAUAAUGCUUUUAAAUGUAUGUGUGAAUGUGGCUAUAGUCCAACAAUAUCUGAAGGGGCCAUGGGUUUCUGACCCUCUGCCCUAAUAGAAUCCUGGCCACAUUGCACUGUGAGCAAAUGCCCUAUUUCCAUAUGCCUCAAAUAAGUGAUCUACAUGCCAGAGCAGAAGGGGUGUUUUGGGGUGUGGGGGAGCAAGAAUCCCUGUCCAGUUUGAACUUGAGGAGAAAUCCUACCAGACCCUGAACAUAUAUAUAACACAUUUCCACAAUAUAAAUGAUAAUACGCGUCUGUUUUGAGAUAUGUUCCUGCUGUUGCUCCAGAUUGUUCAGGAACUCUUUCUUUCCUUGCUUUUUGCCAGAGAAAUCUGUGCUACAGCCCAAUGAAGAGUGUGUUUUCACUACCCUGGGGAUAAACAGCCAUCUCUUUGCCUGCACUAAGGAGAGUUUCCCAUCGCUGGUGAGUGAGCUCCUUUCUUCCCCUCUGCUCUGCUCCUCCCUCGGCUGGCAGGGACUUUUUGUCAUGCGGGUGCUGUGUUUCUUGGUGUAAGCAGUAGUGUAGAGGUAAAUUUUGAUGUGCAGGAGCUCUUCAUGACAGCUCCUAUAGCAGUAUAUUGUCUAAUACCCAAUUUAUCAGGCUCAGCUGACAGUCAUAGGGCAUGUUAGGGAUGCAGGUGGCACUUUGGUCAAAGCCACUGAGUCUCUUGGGCUUGCCGAUCAGAAGGCCAGUGGUUCGAAUCCUCGCGACGGGGUGAGCUCUGUUGCUCUGUCCCAGCUCCUACCAACCUAGUAGUUCGAAAGCACAUCAGUGCAAGUAGAUAAAUAGGUAUCGCUUCAUGGGAAGGUGAACGGUGUUUCCAUGCACUCUGGUUUCUGUCACAGUGUUCCAUUUCACCAGAAGCAUUUAGUCAUGCUGGCAACAUGACCCGGAAAGCUGUCUGCGGACAAAUGCCGGCUCCCUCGGCCUGAAAGCGAGAUGAGCACCGCAACCCCAUAGUUGCCUUUGACUGGACUUAACCGUCCAGGGGUCUUGUUAGCUAGCAAUGGGUGGUGUAUUGAUAGUAUGUUGGAAUUUGGCUGAGGAGACCUGGGUUGACAUCCCUGAUCAGCCAGUUGGCAUGACUACGGUCCUAUGCAUAAUUACCCUGAGAGUAAGCGCCAUUGAACUCAGGGCCGUGUACUUCUAAUUGCAUAGAUUCAGCUUGUAGAACACAUUGAGCUUUAAUGAAAGGCCUUCAGCCGGCUGAAAUGCAGCCUUUAGAUUCUAAUUAGCAGUGCAAACAACCCUGCAAAGAAGUGUUACCAUUAAAUUGCCAGUGUGAAGUAGGAACCCUAUCAAGGAAAAGGGGGGAAAGUGUUCAAUCUCUGCUUGAUUAUUUAUCUGCACUUCCUCUGUCCUAAACCAUCACUAGUAAAACCUGAAAGCCUUGUUAUCAACUCAUUCACUUUCCAGAACAAGGAGGUCCCCUCAAUCACCCUGGUGGGAUCUGGUAGGCGACAUCGCCUCUCUUGCACUGAAAAAGGUUCCCAGCCCCUGCCCCACUGUGAGCUUCUGUGCCUCUGUGGGAUCAGGGAGCUGCAGUUGCCAGAAAGACUCCCCCCCACCCCUUGUGCUCUAAAAACACCCAGGUUUUCUUCUUGGUUCUAACACAUACAUUGGAAUCUCUCUCCCUGCUCUCCACAAACUCGGCCUUUCCCCCAGGUCCCUCUCCCUGAGGAAAUCCAGGUGUCGCCAGGUGACACGGAGAUCCAUCGAGUUGAAGCUGAGGACGUGGCGAAUCACCUCACAGCCUUCCAUUGGGAAUUGUUCCGCUGUGUCCAUGAGGUAACAAAAAUGAAUUUGCCCCAUAGCUGGUGAGCACGGAGGAAACUGGGUGAGGGAGUUGGAUUGGGAAUCUGAAAAUGUUGCAACUUAAGAAGGAUGUGCAUGGCCUUCAGAAGUGAUUGGCAGCUAGGUUAGGGGCCAAUAUUACAGGCUGGAUGCCCUAAUUCAGGGGGUGAAGAGUUUGUUUCAGCGUGAGGGCCACAUUCCUUCAUGGGCAACCUUUGAGCAGCAGUCACAUGGCAAUGGUGGGCAGGGCAGAGGCCAAAAUGGGUGGAGCAACAGUUGUGAGCCUUACCUUGGUUCAGCAAAAGAGCCACACACAAGGCAAAGGCACUUGAGGAAAGUGCAGAGCAUGGCUGGUGAUGGGUGUGGCUUGGGGAAGAGUCCUAAGGGCCAGAUAGAGAGGCUGUCAGCCCCUGGGUUCCCUGUCCCUGCCCUAAUAGGGUGGUGCCUUCACAUUCAGAGCAGCCGCAGAUGAAGGAUCAAACUGCACGGGAUAUGAAUCGCAUGGUUUGCCCUCAAGUGCACGAUUCAGGAGACAAUUAGCAUGUCAGGGAAAGGGAUAGGUGUCUCCUUGGCAGCUAGUUUUCUAUGUGGAGGGAAUUCCACCGUUGCCCCAUCCCAAGGAGCAUUCAGUCAUGGGAGCCCCUCACCCCUCUGAAGUGGUGAAGCCCAGAGACAUGGUUUGAUCAUCUCAAUCUGAACUAGGUCCUCAAUUCUAUUAUUCUUAUGUUCCCUCUGUGUAAUCACUCCUAUGCCCCUUCUCCAUCCUUGAUAUAUAUAAAGAGGACUGAAGGAUGAAGCCACUCCUUUUAACCGGAUAGCUGGUGUUGUGGCUGUAAGGCAGGGACACUCAAUGUGUCCCCUGCCCAGUGGUGCUGAACUACAGUUCCUGUCACCUUUGACUACUGGCAGUGCUGGCUGAAACUGAUGCGAAUUGUAGCCCAAUAAUAUAUAUAUAUAUUGGGGGGUAACCACAUUGGCUACCCCUGCUGUGUAGAGUGAGGCAUCCUUUCCCUUCACUACAGGCCAGGGGAGGGCUACAGGCACGCAGGCUAUUAACUUCUGCUCUGGCAUCUUUGUUUGUAGCUGGAAUUCGUGGACUACGUGUUCCAUGGGGAACGUGGUCGGCGGGAGACAGCCAACCUAGAGCUGCUGCUGCAGCGCUGCAGUGAAGUUCAGCACUGGGUGGCCACGGAGGUGCUGCUGUGCGAGUCGCUGGGGAAGCGGGCCCACCUGCUCAAGAAGUUCAUCAAGGUGGCAGCCGUGUGAGUGCCGCAUCUUAACCCUUUUCUGUCGGGGGCCAGGGUAGAGACAUGCAAAGAUCAAGCCUUUGGCGACUGUUUGAAGACUUUGCACAACCUGAACAGCUUCUCUUCUUUCUCACAAUGCAUUCUGAAAUCCCCCCCCCCCCCCCGUUUUCCCAAUUAAUGGCAGUGUCACUAAGUUACGCAGUUGCGUAAGAAGCUCUGCAUGUUAGAAAUGUUGCUCAGGUGCACCUUUGGCUUUCUGAGAUUUGAGCAGGAGCUUGUCCACACAUUUUCCAGCAUCACAAGGGCUAGGAACUUUACUAAAUCUGAAAGCUGAGAUUCUGCACCUGCUGCACUUUUUCUGCACUCCUACAGAAUCACAUCGCACACCCAGCCUCAAGUUUACAAAGUAGUCGCCUCUGUCCAACAGAGUUCCUGCAGCUACUCUAAAAUCUGAGAAAACAGGGUUGCAAUAGUUUUGGUGAAAUUUGCUUUGUCGCCGCUUGGACAUGUAACUGGCUCUCCAUGCAGUAAGAGACACAAUUUGAGAAGUCUCUUAAGUGGCUGCUACAUAGCAUGUAUUAAUUUGAAUCCCCUCUCUGAGAUUGUGUGCCUUACUUGCAUGGGGUGCCAGUUUCAGUUCUGUCCAAAGUGGAGGCUGUUCUGAUAGGGCAAAAGGGGCACUGUGUCAUCAACCUCAGUCUGCUUUAAACCAAUCCCUGCCUUCCCUACCUUCUUUCUUAGAACCAGUCCAGUGGGUGACACUGCUUGGCCGCUUCUUCCUUAGUCCCAUUGUUGCCCUUGUAGAAUUCAGCAGGGAGGAGGGUGGGGACAACGCUAGAAUUAGUUGGCUCUGCCUGCCUACUGCCAGUCUGCCUACUGUCUUCCUCCUCACCAAUCCCAAUGGCCACCACUGCCUGUGCAGUAAUUUGGGCUAAAUGUAGUUGGGUUUACCCGCUAAAAUCUUUCCCCUAAGAAUGGACGAUCAUGUUUUAUUGAGCAAAAGUGCCCCACACACCAGUAGAAUAAGUUACCUUCAAAGUAGCCUUCAAAUUAUGUUUGCCACCCCUUUUCCUUUCUGAGGCUCCUGUAUCCUUAAGGGCUGCAUGAUAGGCAGAGAGCCAUCACAGGGGGCAUUUCCAGGCACAGAGAGGCAACAGUGGGGGGGGGGGGAAUUCACUUGCCAAAUUCCUGCCUAUUCCAUUGCUGCUCCAAGCAUUGGAGCCCUACCAAGAAAAAGGUGUCAAAUCCUACCCAGAAGAAUUGGAGCUAUCUGAACCCACAAUCAUCUACCCACUGCUUCCAAGUCAUCACCGUAGUUUUGGUAGUGGCAGCGGCAUCGAAUGACUGAGGUGGUUUUGGCAGCAGCAGUGAGUAAGCAAGCGGCCAACAUUGAGAGCAGGUUGGAGUGCUCUGGGAAUGCGGAGAGGCACUCCAAUCUCCUCCGAUGUUUCCCAAAGGCUGCUGAAACACUGGAGAGGAUCAGAUUGUUCCUUCCUGCUUUCAGGGUGUUCCCACCAGCCAGCCAUGGUGGUGGCUUUUCUCAGCUUUGCUACAGAACCUGCCACCCAACCCACCAUAAUUGCAGUAGUGGCGGCUUGCUCAGGGCCACUGUGUCUGUGUGGUGAGUGUGGAUGUGUCUAUAUGGGGAGGAUGUGUUAUGCAUGUUCGGCAUUUGUGGUGCAUGUGUCUGUAUGUGUGGUAGCCGUGCCCACCACUUGGGCAUGGCCUCAGAAAGUUAGGGAGCUGUCAAUGCAAUCCUUGGGUUGAAAAGGUUAGCCACCCCUGCUUUGAUUAGCACCUGGACGCAAUAGCUUCCUUUGCCUCACUGCUUCCUGCUGAGCACACUGGUGAAUUGCCCCUUCAUUUCCCCACAGUCAGUCCUGCUCCUCAUGUGGGUGGGUUAAUGCCUGAGUUUCUCUUACCUUUUGUAACAAAGCAAAUGAUGACCAUGAAAAUAACUGUAAUUAACCUAUUUAUCAGCAGAUGUGCAUAGGAACGGAUUGAUUAAGGGGAAUUAAUCAUUAUAGCUUGGCUGCACUCAAGAGAAAGCAAACUGGAAGCAGAAACUGCACAAAGGAAGCUUCUAAUUAAAGCUGUAGGGUGUUUUUGCUGAACAGGAUUUAACUUCUGAGUAAAAAGUAUAGAAAUAUAUUGAUCUGGGGGUCUGGUUUUGUCCUGUUAUAUUAAGCAGCCCAUUGAACCUCCAUUUUCAUUCUGUUUCCAGGCAAAUGCAGAAAAGUAAUGCCUCAGCAUUACUCAAGUCCCUUGUCUGUCAAACUGCUUAUAACUAGGGCUGGGCAAAAUUUGUGUUUGGAAUUGAUAAUGAAGCAUAAAGUUCAUUUGCAUAGGCUUGGUUUGCAAAGUUGUAAUCUGAAACCUUUGAGGAAAAUAAAUCCAUGGAGAAGGAAAUGUUUUAUUAAGAUGUGCAAUUGUUUGCAAAGAGGCUAUAAAGAGCUUCCUUAUUCUGAGUCAGACUACCAGAGUGCAGUGCCAGAAAUCUGUGGGAGACUGGGCUGAACAAGAAUUUCACUGGGUGAAGAUUGGGGUGGGGCUUCAGUGCCCUGCAAAAUAGAGGGGAAUUGCAGAAUAAGUUGUGCAAAUGUACUUAAUUUAUGUAAUUUUUACAUGUUGUAGAAUUCAGAAUUUUACUUUUUGUUUGUUUGCUCCGCACAAAGUGCACAUGGCCCCAGCCAUGCUAAAAGUCUACCGUAGCUCCUCAGGGUAAAGGUAAAGGUAAAGGUACCACUGACCAUUAAGUCCAGUUGCGGACGUCUCUGGGGUUGCGGCGCUCAUCUGGCUUUACUGACCAAGGGAGCCAGCAUUUGUCUGCAGACAGCUUCCGGGUCAUGUGGCCAGCAUGACUAAGCCGCUUCUGGAAAACCAGAGCAGCGCAGGGAAACACCGUUUACCUUCCCGCCGGAGUGGUACCUAUUUAUCUACUUGCACUUUGAUGUGCUUUCAAACUGCUAGGUUGGCAGGAGCAGGGACCGAACAAUGGGAGCUCACCCUGUCACGGGGAUUCAAACCACCAACCUUCUGAUCGGCAAGCCCUAGGCUCUGUGGUUUAGACCACAGUGCCACCCGCGUCCCAAAGUGCACCCGCACCUCCUCCGGAGGUGGCGCCUGUCAAAACAGAGAUCUGAGCAUGGUGGCAUUUGGCGAUUAAUAAAUAAAUAAAUCUCAAGACUCUUCUUCUAACUGUAUUCCAGUGCAGGAUUAUUGCUCUGUCCCAAGUGUUUUGAAUACACAUUGGCUGCACUAGCACAGAACACUAAUCUAUGGUUUGCUUCCCCAUGACUUGUUCAACAAACCACAGAUUUCACAGAUAAGCAAACAAGCCAUGCCUUGCUUCUCUAAAGCUUGGCUUGCUUCCCAGUUGCUUUUGCCUUGUGCCUCUGUAGCUUGGUGAGUGUAUUGGGGGUGGAGUGGGGGUGGGGAAGUACCCAAACAAACCAUAGUUAAGCAUAGUUUGUUAGGGUUCAGACAUGCCAAAUCAUGGUAAUGACAUCAUGGUUUGUAAGCCAACCACAAACCAUGGCUUCACAUUAUGGCUUGUAUCCAGAAAUACAAGCUGCUGGAUUGACUUCAAACAUUCGGACAAGCCAUACUUCAGCUAAGCACACUGUGGCUUUGUGUUAUGUAUGAACCUUUAUGGUUAGCUGUUUCCUAGUCACUCUUUCCCACCGAAAGGGAGACUGAAAGAAGAUGUUGGGGAAAGGGGGUGGAUUAAGAGUUUAGUAUGGGGGAGAAACCAUGAGGCAGUGAAGCCAAUGGUCUGCAGAUGCAGGGAAGGGGUAGUGUGGGGCUUCGUGAGUGGAGACUACAGGCGACCACCUUCCCAUGUGGUUCCAUGUUCCAUGUAGUCAGCUUUUGGUCAUCUUCCAAUUCUGUGAAUUCACCCUGAAAUAUUCAUGUCUGCAGAUGCCCAAAGUCUGUGCCUUUACACUACAAAAUUGCUGCUGCUUUCCCCUGCCUUCCCAUCUUUGCUCUUGUCUUGUUGUGUUCAGCUGCUGCUGGGAAUCCCUGUCUGCCUUUCCCCUGCAUGCUCAGGCUGCUUUCCGCCUCCCUGGGUGCUAGUGGCUGGUGAAGUCACAACCUUGACACCAUCACCCAGAGUGACUCUAACAGCCCACGACAGCUGUAUUAUUGCUUCGGCUUCCUUCUCAGCUUGCUUUCUGCAUUGAGGAGUGGGGAAAGGAGGCCAGAAAGGCUGGAGGCUGGAGUGAGGAGCUGAGCAGAGCCAUGUACUUGGAAGCGGGUUUGGUUAGGCUUUCUGGUCUUGAAUACUAUGAAUCAGAAGUGCUUGGGUUGUAGAGAGGGCUUGUGGCCUCCUGGUUUUUAUUUAUUUGCAGUGGCCCCCAUUUGCUACAGGUGGUGGGAGCUAUGGGUUGGGGCUUGUGGGUUUCCUUAAGGGGAACCACUCCGACACCCUCCAUAAUUCAGUUGCUAUUGAUUUGCAUUUGCUUUCUGUCCAGAGGAUGCUAGGUGAUGGAUGCUGAAUGUAGGAGCAAAGUGGCUGCUGUUCUAGAGAGCUUACAAUAGUUAUCCCAGCAGAGGCUAUUGCAGGCUUCAGCUUUAUCAGUGUCUGACUUCUUACCUGCCCCCUUUUCCCCCUCCCCACAGAUGUAAACAGAACCAGGACAUGUUGACGUUCUAUGCCGUGGUUAUAGGGCUCAACAACGCACCUGUCAGCCGUUUGCGUCUCACCUGGGAGGUAAGAAGAACCAGGGAGCCUGAUUUGUUCACAUAUGUAUGUGGGGGUGGGUGGGUGGCAGGGCUAUGUGUAAUCCCGCCCAACCCCAUCCAGAUUCUGCAACUAAGCAGUUCCUCUUCUACAGUCAAAACCCCAAAAUCUACACAUUGGUUCGUUGGCUAUUUAAAACAGCAACAGCUGAUUUGGUGGAGUGGUGCUGUCCUCUUGACACGGCUGUCAUUGUAGCUUACCUAGGCAGAGUUGGGGUGAGGCCAGGCCCUGGUAAGGUCAGGGCAGUACCUACUCUGCCCUCAACCUCAUCACCGUCCUGCCCCACCCCAGCGUCGUUUGCCCUCUCCCCACUGGCCGCUGCUGGGGCGGGGUGGUUGUAGCCUUUAUCCUACGAGUUCAGCCAAGAGUAGGCCCUUGUGGCAAUGAACAAAGGUAAAACACGUGUAAUAUAAUAAGCAGCUUAGAAACAAUGCAGAAACGCUGGAAAACCAGAAGCACUUCUGCAGAACCAGGGAACUUGAGAUGAACCAGCAAGAAAAGCAAGGCUUCAGAGACACUAAAAGGAUCUAAUUGUGGAAGCAGCUAUGCUCUUGUGUAUACUUUAGAAAAAACAAUUAAAAGCGAAUAAAUGCAACACUUUAUGUUAACACCCAAAAUAAGAACAUAUUCUCAGAAGCCAAGGUGGAUCAUAACAAGGCAACACUCACAGCUCUCAGGUUGGUAUGUGUGGGUUGGGUUCAGUUUUCCAGAACCCCUUCUCUCUCUCUCUCUCUCUCUCUCUCUCUCUCUCUCUCUCUCUCACACACACACACACACACACUUACUUUCUCUUUAAUAUCCACCCACACUCCUUCCUCCUCUCUGUAUUUCCAGCCCUUUUGCAAUUGCAGUCUUUCCUGUUUGCCAGGAGUUGUAGGUGCACGUACUUUUCUGAAAGGGUUUCCCCCUCCUUUCCUUUCUUGUGCUCCUCCCUAAGAAUUCACACAUAAUCUUUGCCAUCAAACUGGGUCAUCAUCCCUGAGGAGGGAGAUAAACAAGGAGCCGUCAGGCUUCUGGAAGCAACAGGAUCCUCCCCUGUGGGAAAUGGUCCUGAUCCUGGCUAAACAUAGCUGGGCAUUCAAGAAGCACUGCUGCCUCCAGCUGUGGAGGCAGGCCAUAGCCUUCAAGGCUAGCAGCCAUUGAUAGUGUUAUCUUCCAUGAAUUUGUCUAAUCCUCUUUCAAAGCUAUCCAAAUUGGUGGCCACCGCUGCCUCGCUGAGUGAAUUCUAUAACACAAAGUGUUAUAUUGCCUCAAAUGUGGACAAGCCCGUGGAAGUAAGAUUCAGCGGCCGCUCCAAUCAACUUCUGUGUAUGGAAUGGGGAAGGGACAAUUUUCUCCUUCACAUCAGGCAGGAUAAUGUGUUGAAUUGGCCCCGUCACCAUAUUAUAUGCUUCCUAAGCUUGGGUGUCAAGUGAAUAUAUUCUUGUUUGGCUAGGUCUUUAGCUGUUGCACCGCCAAAGCCAGCGCUUAAGAUGGCUUGUAGGAUAAUAUCUGUAUUUACCAUGCCACUUUGAGGGCGCAACCCCAGACAAAUCUAAGAACAUUUUAAGUCUCGUUGAUUUCUGUCGGAGAGAGUUAGGCAACUGCUUUCUGAUGAAAAUCAAUGAGACUCAAAAGAGCUUAAGCGUUCACUCGGAGGCUGAUAGCUGUGACAAAUGAAUGUCACAUGAGCUCCGUGUACAGGGGCAAAAUGCUUCGGAAUACUAGGUGAUUUCAGAACGUCGCUUGCAGAGCUUGGUUGGGGGCUCCAAGAGGCAUCAGGCUAGCAGGCUGCUGUUAGAAGCACAACACUGGACUCAGUGGGAGAGGAUGGAUUACCAUAUUUUAGCAUAAUAAGUUGAGGUGUGAAUGAGCUUUUGGCCCAGGGCCGGCCCUGUCAUUAGGCAGAGUGAGCUGGCUGCGUCUGGUGGCAACUGCUGGGGGUAGAGGGUAGGCAGGAGCAGUGAGGUGUGCCACACAGCCUGCCUUGCGCCCUGUAAAAGUGAGCCUUCUGCCCUGUGCCAGAGGACUCUGCCCCGUCACCAGUGUUGCAAUAUAAUCCAGCUAUCAGUCUGGUUGGCGUCCUCACACAGAACUGGGGCAGGAUGCUAUUUUCUCCCUCAGGCAAGUGCUUUUGCCUAUACAUGCAUCCCCUUUUGCUCUCUUCCCUUUUACACGAGCCAGCAAACAAAUCAAUAAUUUCCCCACUGAUUUUAGCUUCCCGUUUUGCCCAAACUCUGUGAGCCCACCCAGUGAACUUCCAUUAACAGGUGAAACAUAAAUAUUGCAAAUAAACAAAUAACAGCAGCAGCAGCUUUGGAGGAUCCUAAACCAUGGCUUGAAGUAGAUUUAAUAUCUUGGAUUGUUCCAAAGCUGUUUUCAGGCUUCAGUGAAAUGUGAAACUGUAGUUAAUGGAAGAGUUUGUGGUGUCUUUGCUCACUUGCAGGGAGGGAGGGAGGCGCAAAGGGGCUAUAGAGGCGAAAGACCCAUUCAUAAGGGCUCUGUCAUAUAUUGGCAUAUUAAGCCAAGGUAUCAUCAAAUGUCAUCAAAACCAUCCAGUUCACAAAGGCGGUUCUUAGGUUUUUCUGGAUUAUGUUCAUGUUUGCUUAUUGCUUACUUAAUCGUAUUUACUUAUAAAAGCAUUUCCGUACCUCAGUAUCAUAAAGUAUUAUCAUUAUAUGCAACGUUAAAACAUAAGGAACUAUUCAAAACAAUAGAGACAAUCAUUAAAGUGACUGGGUAAUAAGAAGAAAGAGAAGUUAGCUGCAAAGGCCUGUUGGCAUAAGAAAAGUCUUCAAGAGAUGCUUGGAAGUCAAAAGCGAGGGUGCCUGUCGCAUCUCUGCUGGAAGUGUGUUCCAUAACAUGGGACCAGUGACACUAAAUGCCUGGCUUCUGGUUGAGGUCUCUAUAACACGGGGGACAGUGCCUCUACUGAUGAUUAUGUUGCUUAAAAAUAAAAAGCCCUUGGAUGGCUUUUUGAAGUGGAAAUACAGUAUGGAAAAUGUUAAAAGAUUUGGGGGGAAAAUAUUUCACAAUAGUUCAAAACAUGUUUUGGUGCUGGGGAGUCUUGGGUUUCCUUUUCCCUAAACUGAGCCUGCCACACCCUUGAGGGCUGAGGGCAGUGCCUGCUGUCGGGCAAGUCGCUGCACAUUGCAUGUGCACAUUGCAUGUGCGCUCCCAGACAUGCUGCCCAUCGGAGUUAGUUCAGCACCAACACCUAGGCUGACUCAUUGCAUGAGACAAAUCAUGUUUGGCACAUUUCCCCGGGUUGGUUCAUCCACUCCCCAAAAUAUGCAACGAGGUUACCGUGAGACAAACAGGAGACGGGUCUUCCAUAGGAACCUAAGAUGAGCCUUGCAGGAUCAGACCAAAAGCCUAUCUGGUCCUGCAUCCUGCUUUCACAGUGGCCAGUGAGGUGCGAAUUAGCCCUCUGCUGCUGGUGUGCCUUGACUAAUACUGAAGGCAGUAUAUAGCCACAAUGACUACAGUGGGCACUGAUAGCCGUACCCUCCGUGUAAAUCCAUCACAUACACAUCCGACUGCUCUUAAUACCAGGCCUAUUCAUAUAGCCUUGGAGGUAUGCAUUAUAACUGUGCACCACUGAGGCCAUAGACUUGUUAUUUACCCCAAAUCCAGAUCCAUGGAAUGCAGGUUUUCCAGUCCCAUUCUGGAACUGGAAUUUUGGACCUGAGCCCAGACCCAGAGUUGAAGCCUGUGCUGCAGCUAGCCCAGCUCGGGACUUUCAUACGGCCUGCUGAUGUUGCGCUCCCCUGUUAGCUCCUUGGAGGAAAAGAUAGUAUUAUCAAUGUGAUAAAUAAAUAAGACCUAAAUAAAUAAAACCUAUCGAGUCACUGUUAUGAACUGAGUUUUUUUCAUUUGCUUUUUUUCCAGAAGCUUCCAGGGAAAUUUAAAAACCUGUUCCGGAAAUUUGAGAACUUAACGGUGAGCCUUUUGCACUUCUUCUGUUUAGAGCUGGAGUAAAGUAGAGGCCCACACUCUAAAUAUUCUCUGCUUUAACUAUUUUCUGCCUAGCCUUAAGCAAACCCUUAUCUCUCCUCUUAUGGUGCCUCCUGACUGUCACUGUUUUGUGGGAAGGAGUCAUGCGUGGACCAGAACUUUAGGUUUGUGCAGUUGAAGUGGAUUAAAGUUCUCUGUUCCAGAAGCUCCACAAAUCCGAUUUUUAAAAAAUAACAGACUUUUGCUGUUAGGAAAGUGACGUAGAAAUGCAUUGAAAAGUGUGAGAUGAACCAAUAAUUAGCAGGGAGACCUAUAAAUAUCCCACAACCAAGUGAGGAUGGAUGCAGGAUGAAUGAUCACUGUCAUGUAACUUAGGAUUUCUAUAUUUCAAAAAGUGAAAAUCCAGACACAAAAGUUCUGUCAAAUUGAAGUUUUGGGCUAUUUUUAUGGAAAUUCACCAAAAUAUACACUUCCGACAUGGGUUGCCACAUGUCCAGAUUUACCCGGACACUGUUUCCGAUGGCCGAAUCCUGACUAUGUCUAGGAAAUUCCAGACGUAGGGCAACCCUAUUUAACUACCCUAUAAACAAAUCAGAAAGAAUGUUGAAUCAAGAUUAGACAUAGUCUAACCACCUUGUAAGCUUUGUGCAAGCAAAUGCUAAAUAAAGAUGCCUUAUUUUAUAUCAUAUUUAAAUUUCAGGGUUGUGAUGACUUUCACUGAGAUAUCCCUAGCAUUUUUGAUCCAGUUAGGAAAUAUACUAUGUAAAUACAAAGUUGUAUAGCUAUUCCAUCCCCAACAAUCAGGAUAUGGCAUGGGUCUUUUGCCCUUCGAUGAUCUCAGAUCUGUGGUGUGAAAUACCCCUACUGCUGUCCUCUAGCAGAAAAUAACUUUUCUACUUCCUUAAUGCCGCAGAGAACCCUGGGGCUCUUUGGGAAGCUCAUUGGAACUCCUUAUGGAGAAGCUUGGGGACAGUAGAGAGAUUCCCUGAAAGAUAGGCCCACUACUUCUGAUCUCCUGCACAACAUGCAGCUGUGGAAGAUUUGUAGGUUUUGUUCUAGGUUACACUCUCAGUACAGAUGCAACAAGAGCAGGGAACCUGUGGCUCUUCAGAUGUUGUUGAACUAAAACUCCCAUCAGCUUCAGCCAUCAUGGCCAUUGGAGAGUUGCCUAGUGUGAGUCCAGCUUCCUCAUCUAUGAGGUAGGGCAGUGAGUGAAGCCCAAGAGGCCUAGUGCAGCUGAAGUGAGUGUCCCCCAAACAUGACCUUGCAUGCUCUGCAACCAUGUAUUGGUUCAACAGCAUGCAAGUUAGUGGGAAAAGAGUUCUCUGCUGGUAUGAAGAUUUGAAAUCACUGCCUUGAUAAAUUAAUUAGUCAAGGAGAUGGGUUUUCAUCGUCAGGGGGUCACAGAUAAGAGAAAGAUUGUGACCAUUCCCUUCUCUUUUCCCCCUCAGUUUCCUUUUCUCACCUUCCUUUUUUUUUAAGCCCUGUGUUUCUUGUCCAGACUUUCUUCAUAUUUUAAAAACAAUAUUUUAAGAAGUCCCAUCUCUAGAUGCACCUGCAUGCUCAGCUAUCUGCACUUAACAGUGUUAACUUUUUGGUAUUCUGUCCCCAGCUGUACUUUGGCAGCAGUUGUUUUUCUGUAUCUUCCUCCAGCCGAGAAACAACAGCAUCUUUUUCUCUCUCUCUUUCGCCUUGCAGGACCCCUGCAGGAAUCAUAAAAGCUACAGAGAAGUCCUCUCGAGAAUGAAGCCCCCCAUUAUCCCCUUCGUGCCCCUCAUCCUAAAAGGUGAGUCACACCCGCUGGAGCGGGGGUUGCUGUUUUUGAACUGGGGUGUGUAGAAAGCUUGGUCUUGGCUAUCCUGGUCGGGGCUUAAUUUGAACUAGGGGCACUUGAAAAAAUAAUGUACCUCUGUAGGAAAAGCUCGCAUGCAGUGUUCUGUCACACUGAAGUGUAACCAAGAAAGAGAACCCUGAACCAGAAAGGGUGGGGCAAUGCAAAAUAGGGCCAGGCUCAAUUCCCAAUGAAAGGGGUGACCAUGUCUGACUCACACGCCAGAGGUGACCGCAAGUGCAUGCUUUCUUUCCUCCCUAUACAUGAAUGUUUUUUGUUUACUCCUAUGGGAAAGAUAGAUUUGGGGUCUGUGUUUUGAUGAGUUUUUAACCAGCCAUCACUGGAUGGGAUCGUGAGUGUGUGCAAGUGCACACACGGUGUGUUUCAAACACUUCACCUCCCCUGUCACCUGAGUCCUUGCAGUUUAUAAGCCCUCCCUACACUGUAUACAGCUGCUGUCAUAAGAGCAUGUGCAGAGCUCCCCUUUCUCUCAUCAUUUAAUUGCCACAAACCAUCCUGGGUGCCUGGGCUUGGAGGGAAGCGCUUCCAGGCCAUAGUUACAACCAGGCACCUUUUAAAAAUUAGAAUUUAACUGUUGCCAGGCUACCACUCCUCCUCUCUCCUCUCAUAAACUUUUCCUCUUCUUUUUUCCCCUUCUAACACUCAGAUCUGACAUUUUUGCAUGAGGCUAGCAAAACCUUGGUGGACGGACUAGUCAAUGUAGAGAAGCUGGUAAGAACAUCCCUCCCUCCAAGUCUUUUGCCCCUGCAUGUUCUUCUGUCUUCAGUGCCGAGCACAAUUACUUAAUCUCUACAAUGGGGAUAACAACCAGAGAACUGGGAGGAAUCCAAAAGUUAUCAAUUCCAACCUGUUUCAUGAGACAAAUCUGACAAAGUGGAAGGCUGUGAAGUUAAAUAGGAAAGCAGUUAUCCGUAUGAUAAAGGAUCAGGCAGUUUUUAAAAGCGCCGCAACGAUUGCAGAAAUUUUGGACGGGAAUAAGCAGGAACAGGGCUGACCACCUGUUGCAGAAAUGAGACGUUCAUCCCCAGAGACACUCCUGAGGGCAGCUGCAAAUGUUUAUUUUCAGAUAUGGGGGGGAUACAGAAACUGGAAAGAAUUGUCUGUCUGUCUUGCAGAGACCCUUUCAUCUGCCUGGUAAUCGUGCUGAAUAAUACUGCCAAUAAUACAGCCUGGGCCUCAGGCUCAGGGGUCAGAUUUGACCCAUCCCCACCUAGCCUUUUUUACCUUACCUCUGGGGUUUUCCCCUAGCCUCCCUCCUCUCCCCCAAGGGCACACCCCUCCCUUUUCCUGUCCCAUGCCCUCCUGACCUGAGUCCUUGAGCUGUGAUAAUGUUGUUGGCUUGGCAAGACGAAGGUGUGUGUGUGUCUGCGUAGAAAUCAGAAACCUCUGGCUUUUGCACAGCUGGAAUGUUGUCAACUCUACAAAGCUAAAAGUUACAUCUAUGGCUCCAUCCCUUUAGCUCUGGAGCCCCACCCACCACGACUGGCAUGGUUGCCCAUGGAGGAAUGUGGCCUUUAGACUGGAAAGCUUUCCCCACCCUUGUUUACUGGUAGCAGUGAAAGAUGGCCUCUCCGUAGCAGAACACCUUGCCUUGCAUACAGAGAGAGGUUCCAGGUUCAAUACCCAGCAAAUUCAGGAAGGGCUGGCAGAUAACCCCACCUGAGAUUCUGCAGGGCCACUGACAGUCAGUGCAGAUGGACCAAUAUAAAUCAUCUUCCUAGGUUCUAGUAAGUUGCAUUUAUAUGCUACCUGCUUUGGUUCUGAGUUGGUGCCAGAUUUCCUGCUGGGCUCUGGCGUAUGUGUUUGGCUCCGCUUUUGCCAUGCUUAUAGUGCACAAGUGCCCCUCCGUGUGAUGGCAUUGGAGAAGCAACGCAGAGCUGCUCGUGAAAUGGAGCAAUUUGCAGACAGCCCAGAACGAAUGCACCCCUCAUGCACUGUGCUUGCACCAAUGACAUGUUGCAGAAAUUUUAAAAAGAGACCCCAAAUCAAUCUGGAGGAGACUUUUGUGUUUUAGCUGUGUGUCCGGAGGCCUUCCUCUCCCUCCCCAUCCUUCAGGGGAAACUGAUGUGGUUUGUAGGAGACUGUGGCCCUCCUCCUCCUCCUCCUGUUGCCCCUUUUGCCCAUUCGCCUCCCCUUUCCUUCUCAAACUGCUCCCCCAGAGUGGCUUUAGAGAGAGAGGCAGCAAAAGAUCUUUGGCAUGAAUUUUGUCCCUGCUGCGUAUCUGGGAAAGAGGAGAGAUGGCCUGGCAGGCUUGAGCAUGGAGCUCUGCUCAGCAAAUGCAGCAUGACCUUGCGAGGAUCUACGAGCGCUCAGGUGGUCUCUCUCACCCCACCCCCACCGCCAUCUCCCUCCCCCUGCGGUGGUGGUGGUGGGGAUUAACUAGCGGUUGGUUGGUCCUCUGUAUGGUUUCUAGCCCAGUGGGACAGUCGGGUUGCCAUGGCGAUGGCUUCACAGAAGCUCCUCCAGCUCUCCUUGUCAAGAGACGAGUGUGCGUCUGUGCAUGUGUGUGCGGUAUGUGAGAUCAAUGCUGGAGUUGGCCCAGAUUUUCCUGGCCUCUAGGGAGGAGGGGAUGGGGAGGGGGGGAGAGGGAUGAAGCUACGUCACUGUCAGCUGAGCUCUAAUUUCCUUCCCAACCCCACAUUGUGCAGAACACAGAAUUAUUCCUGUGCUGAACAUUCAUAUCCUCCAAUUAAAAAAAAAAAGUCGUAUAAUUAUUAAUGUAUUCCAAACAAGGGUAUUUCUACAAAAGUGCUUAUUUUACAAAAUGUGACAAUUUGUCUACUUGUUCUUUGAACCUGUUUUUUGUGUGUGUGUUUUUAAAUAGGUGGGGUUUCUCUGGUAGGGGGAAGAAACUGGAUAGUGAAUACGGGAGAAGCAGCAAGGAAUUAUUUAGGAAGAAGGAGCAGAGAGGCUAUGUGGGAGGAUAAGGGAUUAAAAAAAAGAAAUAAGGGAGUCAUGCAAGGCAAUGGCUCUCCAUCCUUAGAGUGCUAGAGGCGCUUUGCUGAUAGCUUGAGCAAUGAGAACUAGAAACCUGAUGUGUAAAUCAUAAAAUUGUAGGUCCUCAGUAGUUCAAAAUAUGUGUUGGAGAGCUUCCAGGAAUCCUUUUUGCUGGGGAAUCGUUAAGAACAUAAUUACUUUGGCUGUGGCACCCCAGUAAUUCCCCUAAGCACAGCAUUCUGUCUUCAAACAACUAACUGAGCCAAACUUGUGCCUUUAGACUGUUAACAGACUAUAUCUACUCCCGGUUAAUCCCCAGCAUUUGAUAGCCAGAAGUGGGGCUUCAUUUAAAUCGGGGUUUCACUGGAGUUUAGUUGGGAACUUGAUUUUCUGUACCAAGGCUCAACCUGUAAAAUAUGUGAUGCAGAUAUAUAGAGGGCUGACUUUGUGCGUAUGCAAACCCCUUAUGCUCUUUCAGUACUGGAGGGAUCACAGCCAAACCUACCCUCCUCAGUAUAUCUUAGCAGCUGAAACAUGGAAGCAUGGCCAGUUAAUCCCAGCAAUAUAUAUGUGUGUGCACUGAGGAAGGCAUCGCUCAGGAGAAAAACAAUAUUUUACCAGCCAUAAAUAGUCAUAUUUGUUGCAGGGGAAAUGCAGUCCUCUUUUCCCUCUCCUAACUUCUCUUACAGUUGUGAUAAGCAGAUAUGUAUCAUUAAUGAUGCCUUCCAGCAGUUUUCCUGGAGCGGACGUUAGGCUGGCAGGCCUGUAAUUUCCCAGAUUCCUGCUAAAUGUGUUUUUCAAAAGGAUUGGCCGGUUUUCCAGUCCCUGUGUAGUGAGGCUGAUCUUUGGGACGAGUUACAUAUUUCUAUAAGGAGAUCAGCUAUGACAACAUUAGCUGUCCUCCGUGAAUAAUGCUCUCAGCUGCCGGGAGCAGAAACUUGCUGGUUGCAAAGUUCUACACGAAGCAGCCAUUUGUACAGGCCAGAAGCAAUGCACAACAGCACUGUCUUUUUACAGCAUGCCAGGUGCUGCCUCUCACCUGGCAGGAGAAGCAGCAGAGAGAGAAAAGCCCGGGAUUGGGGGGGUGGGUUAGACGAUGCCUGUUUACAUAGGCAUUUUCUUGAUCUCUUUACCUGAGCCUCCUGCUUUAAUUAAUGUGUUGUUUUAAUGGGAUUGUUUUAUUGUGUGUUUUAAUUAUGCACGUCUAACUGGUUUUUGUACUUCAUAAAUAGCUUAGAAGCCCAUUUUGGCAUUAAUUGGUUUUCUUCAUUUGGUGGUGAGGCAUCUCCACGCCCGCCUCCCUCAAGAACUCUGAGGGCACCAUCCAAUUCUCUUCUGCACAUUGUAGGGAUUGCUUGGGGUAGGUGAGCGAGACAGUCUUUCAGCGAAGCUUGUCCACUGAUCUCCCCAUUGAGGAACCCCUUCUGAGGACCCGGUUGCAGGAAAGGUUUUUUUUUAAAAAAAUAAAUCACUGUUUUAACCACUGGGUGUUGUAGAAAAUCACAGCAACUAAGUGAAUCGGCUUCAGAAUACAAAAGUAAAAUGUGGUCCAUGCCCCCACACCCCAUUUAAAAUGUUUUUGGUUUUCUUCACACACACACACUGGACCAGGGGUGGGGAACCUGUGGCCCUGCAGAUGUUGUUGAACUACAACUCCCAUCAGCCCCAGGUAGCAUGGCCAGUAGUCAUGGGUGUUGUAGUCUGGAAACACCUGGAGGGCUACAUCUUCUGUACCCCUGAAGUGGUGCAAUGAGUGAGGCCUAAGAGAGUGUCUUGGUUUUUCUCACCUUCCCCCACCUUUUAAAAUGUUUGAAAGGUUUCUUCCUGUCUUCCCCCACUCUUAACAACAAGUUAAGAGUGUCUUCUUUUUUAAAAAGCAUAAAAGUCAGACUUAUUAAAUUUACUCCUUGGAAUCUGAUGGCAAAGGGAGCAAUAUAUCCAGCAGGCACAAUUUCAAAUAGCUUGAUGGAAAAUAAUAUCAGAAUAAAACCUCUGCCAGUGGAGAGUGUGGUGUUAGGCUCCCUCUACUGGUACAGAACUAUAAAUACAUUUUAUUUAGUAUGCUGAAAAGCCUUCGUCUCUCAAGGCCCUUAUGCAUAUAACAAUAACUGUGCAGAGAUCCACGUUUUCUGUUCAGCAACUAAUUUUACAGCUGUGCUUUAUGGAAAGGAUAGUCCAUCCUCAAAAGUAGACUGCCAACAGGUUCUUUUUUCCAGAACCACCUCUUUCUCCUGUCUUUGCUUCUGGGUUGGCAGCAGUUCUGCUGCUACUAUUCAGGGGGGCAGAUCUGCCCUUCGGGCCUCUAAUUGCUGACCUCUAGCACAGUAUAAUUUUGAGGCAGUUAACGAUAUUAAUAAUAAAGUGUGAUUUAUUUCAUUCACUGAAAUCCCUGUCCUAUUCACACUGGAAACUACAGGCCAAUUAAUGCAAACGAAUAAUUGAAAUUAUAUAUCCUUCAGUAUAUUUUUAAAAAAGCAAUUUCCUUAUUAUAUUAACUCUCCCCUGCUGAGAGUUAAUCCUGUGUACUCCAUGAAUAUUAUGUUUUACUUUUCAUCCAGGAAAGCGAAACUCUGUGACCUGUAUAAAUUCUGCAAAUCAGAGCAAAAGAUGUGCAUUUUCUUAAUUUGUAGAAUCUAGUCAGCUUUCCCACCUUUAUUAUUCUGCAUAACUCUGGUUUUGCUAGCCAUGCAAAGUGGCCCAGAGCUAUCCAGUCCCCUAAAUCCCAACUUUCAACAAGUAGUUUUAAUCAGCCUCCUUAGCAGGCUUGUCUUACAUUUUUAUAACGGACCUUUCGGACACAUCCAUUUUUGUCUCCUGUCCAACUCACGUACUAGGUGUUUCUGUGGCUGUGAAAUUUAGCAUUUUCUCUGUGGUGUUACUGAACAGUUGGUAAAUAUUGAUGGAAAAUGUAAAGCAGUGCCAGAUCAUUUGUUUAUUUAUGACAUUUAUGUUUAGCUCAAGGUGGUAUGUGAACAUUGUUCUUCCCCUUCCCCUUUCAUCCUCACAACCACCCUGCGAGGUAGGUUAGGCUGAGAUAAAAUGACUGGCCCAAGGUCACCCAGUGAGCGGGGAACUGAACUCUGGUCUCCCAGCUCCUAGUCCCAACACUCUAGCCACUGCACAACACUGCUGCUCUCUGUUUUAGAUCUUAGCUACAGUAACACCAAGGUUCUUGCAGAAUGGGAUUCCCAGCUGCAGAUCUGAAGGUCUGGUGCCCUAGAACAAUGAAGCAUCUCUCUCUCCUCCUCUCUUAUGCAGCACUCAGUAGCAGAGAAAGUUCGGACAAUCAGGAAGUGCCGGAGCCGGCCCCUCUGUGAGUAUUCAUGCCCCCACCAAGCAUGCAAAGGGAAGCCAAUGCAAUUACUUCCCUGCUACUCUUUUUGGACAGGUGCUCAGUACCAGGUGCUGCAGAGCGGUGCUUGCCUGCCUUUUUGGUAUGGCAACCCACAAGGCCAAAUUCACUUGGUAUGGUGACCCAUUGUUUUAUUGUCACAUGAACAGGUCUCCAGCAGCUGUCAGUUUUCUGCACUAUAACUGCGAGUUUGCCUGUUUCAUAACCCUUACUUGAGGCAUCUAAGCAAAAAAAAAUAAUCAAUGUGGAAACUGUUGAAAUAUGUGCAGUACUUUAAAAGUUAUUCUCAGUUAUGUUUAUGGGAAUAAGAACACCAACCAUCAGAUUGCAGAAUCGUGCUUUGUAAGCUAUAAAAAUUUAUUCUAAAAACAUACAGUUGCACGAGCCGUGUUAGAUAUAACCAACUAUGGAUAUUUGUGAUAGUUUUCUUCAUGAUAAAACCCAUUUUAGCAACUGUUGUGGGGGUGGGGUGCUGAGCUUGCCUUUUGCCACCGAGUAGUUCUGUUGGUUCUCAGACAUCAUCCCAGAUCAUUAUGGACACAGUAGGGUAAAGGUGUUACAGUCAUACCUUGGAAGUCGAAUGGAAUCCGUUCCGGAAGUCUGUUCCACUUCCAAAACGUUCGGAAACCAAAGCACAGCUUCUGAUUGGCUGCAGGAAGCUCCUGCAGCCAAUUGGAAGCCACGGAAGCCCCAUCAAACGUUUGGCUUCUAAAAAUUGUUUGCAAACUGGAACAGUCACUGCUGGGUUUGCGGCGUUCGGGAGCCAAAACGUUCGAGAAGUAAGCUGUUCAAAAACCAAGGUACGACUGUAUUUCUUAUUUUUGCUAACCAAAUCUCAAAUCACACUUGGCUUGACUAUUAACUAACCUUGGCAGCAGAUCUGUGAAUAGCUCACCAUAAAGUCCUCAUAGAGGGAGUUGCUUUGAGUAGUUAUUAUUACUCAAAUGGCAUCAAAGGUGAGUUGUAAUAGUCACUCAAAACAGCUCCCUGUAAACUGUCAUUGGCUCUGCCACCAGCUGCCAGUGAGGAGUUCCCAAGUGUUAAGGUGUAAAAUUUAAGCCUUUCUGAUGUUCAGUUACAAGCGUCAAUGCAGUAUUGUAAUAAGCCAACGAAACAAAAAAUUGCACAAGGUAUUCAUCAUACCUGUUAAAAAAUCAAAAACAAUAAUUACUUAGGGUUUACUUAUGAAGCUCCCACUCACACAGGCUUUGUGACCCAUUUGCGGGUCACAAGCCACAAGUUGGAAAAUGCUGCUGUAGAGAACAUAGAAGAAGCAUGGUCUUUUCUCCAGAGAGCUUACAGUCUACAUAAAGCAGAAUUGUGGAAUCACAGAAUUGUAGAGUUGGAAGGGACCCAUGAGGAUCAUCUAGUCCAACCCCCUGAAGUGCAGGAAUCUUUUAGCCCAAUUUGGGACUCGAACCCACAACCCUGAGAUUAAGACUCUCAUGUUCUACCAACUGAACUAUCCCAGCAACAGAGAUGAGGAGAUUUUUGGGGUUGGCCAAGCUGUCACCAGAUUUCAUUCGGCAUCGAUGCCCAUAUAUCACAUUUUAAGUCUAUCUUUGCAGCUUUGAAGAAACUUGCUUUCACUUUAAAUAUGAGUUGCAGAUUUCCUUAAGAUUCUGCACCUCACACUCAUUUCCAUACUUGAGCGAUGCUGUAGAUUUGCAAAAUACACAUCACCCUGGGUUUGUCUGGCCAGCCGUGUUUGAGUGUCAAAAUCCUUAGGAUACGAGCAUCAAACAAAUGAGCAGAAGUUCAUAUCUGAGGUAUCUAUUGUUGGAUGGUACCGUUUCAUUCUUCAGGCAUGGGAAUCGUGUGCAAAUGCUCCCACCCAUCAUAUUCUCAUUUCAUCUUACAAAGCUAUCAUGUCAGAGAGAGUCAGACAUGAGUCUUUGGAUCCACAGGUCUUGGGUGUGGAGGGGAAUUUUACGUGGGGCACACAUUCUUUCCCCUGCCUUCAAUAUGAAACAAUUCAGGACAGCAAGAUCUUAUCAGGUGGGGCUAAUCCUGGACUCCUUAAGGAACAGAUGGGGAAUCUGUGGCCCUCUGUAUAUUGGACUGCAGCUCUUAAGGUCCCUGGCUGUUGACCAUAUUGUGUGUGGAUGAUGGGAGACUGAAUGCAAUAAUAUCUGGUGGACUACCAGUUCCCCGUUCCUGCUUUAGAGUAUCUGCUUAUGCUAGGCAUGAUUGUUGUGUUUAGCUUUAGAAUGGUGUCUCUUCCCAAAUGACUGUCUUCUCCUUCUUCCCCCAGGCCUGGAAAUGGAGUCAUCUCCCCAACAGCUGCAGACGAAAGCUUACGUCCGGCAGUUCCAAGUUAUUGACAAUCAGAACCUGCUCUUUGAGCUCUCUCACAAGCUGGAGUCAAACAGCCAAUGAGGCAGAUGCCCACAGGGCAGGCGUCACUAGCAAAGAAUGUUUACUCUGCGCAAUACUCGAGCACUUUUUGGAUGUACAGGGGUUCCUCCUUAGGGUCUGACCCUGUUGGGAGAGGAGAGCACGGAGUCGCCAAAUGGCAGGGAUGGCCAAGCUUGGUCCAAGAAAUCCUGGUGACUGAGGUGCAAAAUCAAAACAGCACCUCGCCUUCCUACGGUUUGAGCUUGGGACACAAUUCGCCACAGAGUUCUCCUGCCAGGGCUGGCCCCGAGAUAAUUUUUAUGCCAGAGAUUGAAAAUCUAACUAGCACCUUCCUGUCCCCUCGUCCCUCCCCCAGCAGUAAAAAAGCAAACAACUAUUUAAGUAACCGAAAAAUGUGCUGCUCUUUUAACCGUGCCCCCAAAUCUAUUGCCUUUGCCCAUUGGCAGAGCUCUCUUGGUCUCCUGUGUGAGCUUCAUUUAAAGGAAGGGAGACUCCGCCAGAGCAUCCCGUGAGAGGGACUUGUGUAGAAGAAUCUCCCAGGGAGUAUUGGGGCCCCUUAUCCUCCAUCUGUUGGUUUCCCUCUCCACCACCUGGAACGGUGCUCCAAAUCGGUUGCCUGAGGUGACUAUCUCACUUUGCUUCACGGCAGAGUGUAGAGCGGUUUGGAGGACUGAACCCAAAAUGGCCCGAGCAGAUGGAACAGUGUUUUGUGGAGGAGGUCAAGACAAAGCAGGACAUCUUGACUUGCUUGUGGGACAACUCACACUAGCUGCCAAUGCCCUUUCUGGCAGUUUCCCUCCCCAGUAUAACCGUAAUCGAACAAGUCCUUGAAAACGAACGGUUUGUGAAUCAGAAAAAUAAGCUUCCGGUCUCAUGAGUCGGACAUAGUACAGUUGCCAAAGGCAGUGUGUGCAGAAACGUCAAGAAAUGUCAGUUUUCUACCUUUCAUUUCUCCUAUUACACUACUCUUUAUCAGUGGGCAUUUUUAUUUCUGUAUUAGAAAGGUUUGAUGUGGAAACAUUAUUAUUAUUAUUAAGAAUAAUUCACAGGAGACUCUCAAAAGUAUUUUUUUGGUUCUGUUCUCACAGAACGUUGCUUUGUUUUUAAAAAGCUGGUCCAGGUAAACUGAAGUGGGACAAUAUUUUUCCCUGGUCUUCUUAAAAUUCAGUUUUGAUUGGCUGUGACGGAUAAGACAGUAUUCAACGAUUUCCAUUCUUUGGGACCUAAGCUACAAGAACUUUAAACAGCCACCAAAAUUACCGGUAUAAGGCUGUCAUAGUUCCUUAUUGAGGCAGAGCCAGUGCGGUAUAAUGGUUAGAGUGUGGGAGGCCAGGGUUCGAAUUCCCACUCAGGCUUACUCAGUGACUUUGGGUCAGUUACUGUCUCUCAGCCUAACCUACCUCACAGGGCUGUUUGUUGUGAGGAUAAAAUGGGCUACAAACUUAACUGGCCUAAAAGUCAUUUCAGGCCCCCACAGUACUGCUGUUCUCUGACGGGGACUUAGGGCUAAAGACUUGCCUUAACAAAGAAUCCUCGUCACUUUCACCAAACUACAAUUCCCAGGAUUCUUUGUGGGAAGCCAUGACAGUUUUAAUUGUAGUCUAGAUAUACACAGUUUCUGGUUUUGGCUGCUGUCCGAAUGUUUUUUAUAUCUCUUUGUGUUGAAUAAAUUUAUUUUUAGGUGGGUUAUUUUUUUGGGGGGGGGGUUUGGCAAGAAACCAAUUGUCUCUUCCUCUUGAACUGGGCUCUAGAUAUAGGUCACUCUUGAGUCCUGGGAUGUGUCCUUCAGCAACUUCAAAGAGCCUCGGAGGGGCAGGGAGAUUUCCAUCUCAGGAUAGGAUAGUGGGGUUUCCCUUCUCUAUAAUAUCACAGGGACAUUCACAAUAACACUUAACUAUAUUGUCCCUUGUUAUUCACACAGUUUUGAUGGUUACACAGUGAUAAAACAAUUUUUGUUCUCACUUCUCCAAAGUGCCUUUAAAGGAUGCAAUGUGUUGAUUUCAAUCUAUCUUCACGUUAAUCUGGAAUAAACUAUUGAGAUUAAUACAAGACUGGGGAAGAUUUCCAUAAACUUUUAUGGAAACAGCAUGUUGGAAGAGGGAUGAUCUUUUUCUGUACUUCCCCUCCAAUUGUGUGAACAAAAAGUUGAUUUGAAGUGUACUGUACGAAUAAGGUCAAGUGACCUCAAAGAAAGACUUCAGUUCUCAAAAGUGUUCCAUUUAAUCCAUGCUGGUAAUUGUGAGAUCAGAACCAGAGAUACUAUUUAUUUUGGAUUAUUUAAUCUGGGACAACUGGAUAGAAUUUAGUGGACCCUCCCAAUAGGUUUUAACCAACUUUCUGUGACACAGAUUGCCAAACACAUAUAUAGGCCAGCCCUUCCCCCAUAGAGAAUUUAUAAUCCACCCUACAGUUGAUUAUGAGGGUCAGCAGUGGGUUGCAGCGGGAUAGUCCUGUUAUCUUGCAAAAGUACUGAACCUCCUAGCAUCUUUCAAGAAACACAGGUGAAUUAUUUAUUUUCAUUAUACUUGGAGAGAUCUAAAAAGUUGCUUUGAGCUUAGGGAACCCCUGUGAUACCAAGUAAAAACUCUUGGUCUUGCCCUAUAACUUCUGCAUGGAAGAAUCAUAUCUCAGGGCUACGUCCCAAAAGCUGUGUGUUCCCCCUGGAAUUUGUUUCCAGUGCCAUGAUCUAAUCCUGGAAAUGUGAAGUAAUAAUAAGAAUGCCUCUGAGCCAGUCCAGAGUGCAUUGUCCACACUACUGAAUAACCACAGCCCAUUCCCACACAUUUCUUGAUUAGGGGGCAGGGAUUUCAGGUCAAGAGAGAAAGGUGCCUGCUUCUCUUUUUAGAAAUGAACUGCUUUCCCUACCAUGUUUCUAACAGCUUUAAUAUUAGGUCAAAAAUUGAUAUCAAAGAGCAGGUGUUGUAAAGAAUUUCUCUCAUAUUUUUUUUAAAAUGGCUUUUCUCUUUGCUGACCUCCUCCCUUCUCUUUGAUAAGGGUUGUUUUUAUUUGUGUGUCUUGGGGGGGGUUGCCUCUUUUGCAGGGAUGAGGAACCUGUGGCAAUCUGGAUGUUUCUGAACUUCCAUCUCCUAUAUAUCAUUGUUGCUGGCCAUGUUGGCUGGGGCUGAUGGGGUUCCAGCAACAUCGGGAAGGCCCCAGGUUCCCCAUACCUGAUCUAGUGGCUUUCUGUUCAGGGACUUUUCAUUUCAGGGUCUCUCGCUUUUGUCUAUAUUUCUUUUUCUCUCUCCCGGUGAGAGCUUCAGGUCCUAAUGCGAGGAUGUGUAUAUAUUUAUAUAUAUUUUUAACAAGACACUCUUGAAUUGUACAUUUAUUUUUUAAAGAAGAGCCUUGUAUCAUUGGGCAAUUGUACAGUGAAUUUUCUACUGUUGGAAUGAGGGGAUCGCUUGCCUACACAUAUAACCCUACAAGCUUCCGCGAGGUGGAAUGUAAGAUGUAUUGUGUUGUUCUGGGGAAGCUUAGGUGUUUUUUUGGGGUGGGGGGAGGUCUGGCUGUUGUUGAUAUUAUUAUUAAUAAUAAUUAUUGUUGUUAUUGUUUUGGUACUGCAGCACUUGGGUGAGAAGCCAAUGGUGGAAAUAAAUAAUUGUGAAAAAUAAAAUCAGUGGUCGGCUUUUAUGCAGAUUUUUAUGUAAAAUACUUUUAUAUAGUGCCAUCAAUGUAUGUGGCUCUGCACACAAGGCAGACAAUCUAAAAAAUCAGAUACAAGAAAAAUGAGUAGUUUAAAAUGCAAAAUUCAGUGGAACGCAGUGAGCGGGCAGCAAUAUUGUGACUUCUUCAUAUGAAAUGUGAGUGAACAAAGGAUGGCAAUUUCAGACAGGUAAACUUCUAACGUGGAAGCAACCCAUGAGUUGAUAAGAGAGCAUCCAUCUUUCGUAUAUAUAAAUCUGUUUGAAUUUGAGAGUGAAACUAGCUUCUGGUUUUAACCCAGAAAAGGAAUUAUGCCUAGGUAUCACUGCUGUGCUUCUAAGAGCACAAAGCC